GACUUUCUCACCGAGCCUCUCCAUCAUCACACACACAUACACAUACACGCUCACACGCGCGCGCACACACAAUAGGAAAGAUACCGGAGUAUAGGUAGGGCUACGGCGGCAGACAGACAGCUGUGUGAUGCUCAAACUCAACCAAGGGGCCAUUUCCUCUCGCCUUCGUGACGGUAAACUUUUACACACCCUCACAUCUUUUCCUCACGACCGCGCGGAGCCGCAAUUGAUGCCAACUCAACACCUGCCUCCUUUUUUUUCCUUUAAUGAUAAUUGCUGCCUGGGUACCACAACAGCGAUGCAGCAGAAACGGGGGCUGAAGUAGCGAUAGAUCCUGUUGAAUUGAGACACAAGACGUCGAGACGCAGCCAAAAAAAGUGUCCUCCUUAGAGUGCGUCAGAGCACGGAUGUGUUGUGGAUGAUAUGCUCGCUGCCUGGAUACCACAGAGAGGAUUUCUGAUCUUACUACCCUCCAAAAUCCAGACAGUGUUUUGGGCAACAGCGAAGAACUGCAUCCUCACCUAGCCUUCUUCCUCCUCCUCCUCCUUCUCCUCCAGCAGAUUUAUUUGAAGGGUGGCUGAGGCGAUUUUGUUUGGCCCCUUUAAACAUGUAAGUAUAAAUAUUAAUACAAAGGGAGGCUGAUCCACUGUGCAAAAUUUCGUGCGUAAUAGCUUUUUUAUGGGCAGAAAUGUCUCUCAUGUGUUCAUUUCCGUGAUCUGCAUGCACACUCUAAUAACAGUGAUAAUUGCAUAAAACAUCUGCGAUCCUAAUGAUCCUAAAAUACUGUGCAGAAUGAAGUUUUAGCGCCCCUUUUUGCAAGAAAAUGCGUAAAAUGCUGGACCGUGCAGGCGCCAAAACAAUGGACAUCAAUAUGAAUGCAUCAUUUAUCUCUACCUCUGAUUUUCUAUUUCUGCUAAACCAACUGCUCUUUUCUCCCUUUCUUUCCUUUGCAGCUCCAGUGAGCGUCCAAGGAGUCAUAAAGUGGUUCAGAUUCACCGGAGCCUUAGAACACAAGAGCUUAGAUCCUGUGUGCUUUUUUUUCCCCCCAUCUCAUCACAUAAAAUGGCAACCAGGAGUGACCACGGAGGAUCAAAACACGCAUUUGGGCACAAGCCGCGCUCGUGGAGGAUUUAACCACCUGAUGGGCACCGGAGGACGCGAGGAGGAGAGACUGUUUUGGUGUCGCUUGUUGACUCGGUGAUUUAUGAUGCUGAGCAAAUAAAAGAGACGCUGCAAGUUUGCCACAGAGCGUCUGCGUAACAGGCUAUGCCACCGGGCCUCACGGAUUUUGGUUAUGGUAAUGAUGUCAUGAAAUAUUACAGGCCUGCAUGUGCCUGAAAGGAAACAUAUCUCCUACCAUGUAAGUAGCCACAUGGACUGCACUCAUGGACCUGAGUGAGGUGUGUUUGUUUUUGUGACAUUCUCCCACUAACUACUGAUUGGUGGAAGCGGUUGAUGCCUCAUUUUCUCUCUCCUCGCGCUUUUACGAGCUGCAACUUUUCUCCUUUGGCCUGCGUCCACAUCGCCCUGAGGCGGCCACUGUAGCGCUCACGGAUCGAACAGCUCAUUGACUUAAAAAUGGAGUUUGCUAUGGUGGGCGCGGACGGCUGCAGCCACAUGCCUUACGGGUAUGCCCAAGCUCGCGCACGGGAGAGGGAGCGCGAGAGGGAGCGCCAGGUAGCCCAGACGAGAGCUGCGGCUGCUGCAGCCGCUGCUGAAGGAGGCUCCGGUGCGGAAGGAGGAGGUGGUGGAGGAGGUGGAGGAGGAGGAGGAGGCGGCAGCGGAGGUAGUAGUGGUGCUGGUGGCUGCAGCGGCGCUGGGGGGUCCUCCUCCUCCUCUUCCUCCUCCUCGAGCGCUCAUCUCCUUAACAACCGCCAGCAUCAGUCUCGCGCCGCCUCCUCCUCAACGAACGCCAACAUCAGCAGCAGCGGUACCGCCUCGCGCCCCUCCUCCUCCUCCACCUCCUCCUCCUCCUCCUCCUCGCAGCACCAGCAGGAGCCCGAGCAGCAACAGAGAGUUCUCAGAGAGCGAAAAAAGCAGCGCGGCGUCGGACGCUGGAGACGCAGCCGGACGCAGACACUCGGCGGGGACUUGCGCCACUCGGAGCUGGCGCUGCUCGGAUCCGAGGAGGACAUCAUGAUAGAGGAGGAGGAGGAAGAAGCUGAGGGAGCCGAGGAAGAGGAGGAGGAGGAGGAGGAGGGGGGCCGGGGAAGUAAGAGGUCGAGUUUUCUGUGUAACAUGGAUGAUGAGGAGGAGACGGUGUCGCUCACUGACAGGCGCCCUCAGUCCGGGUACGAGAACAUUUACAGCGAGUGCGGCUGCUGUGAGAGAGUUGUCAUCAACGUGUCCGGGCUGAAGUUUGAAACUCAGCUCAAGACUCUCACGCAGUUUCCGGACACGCUCCUGGGAGACCCCGACAAGAGAAUCAGGUACUUCGACCCGCUGAGGAAUGAAUACUUCUUCGACAGGAACAGACCGAGUUUUGACGCCAUUCUUUACUAUUAUCAGUCAGGAGGGCGGUUGAAAAGACCCGCCAAUGUCCCGUUUGACAUCUUCUCCGAGGAGGUGAAGUUUUAUGAACUCGGGGAGGAGGCGAUACUAAAGUUCCGAGAGGAUGAAGGUUUUGUAAAAGAGGAGGAAAAGCCUCUGCCGGAGGACGAGUUCAAGCGCCAAAUCUGGCUUCUUUUUGAGUAUCCGGAGAGCUCGAGCCCUGCCAGAGGGAUAGCGGUGGUGUCCGUGCUGGUUAUAGUCAUUUCUAUUGUCAUUUUCUGCCUGGAGACGCUGCCGGAGUUCAGGGAUGAAAAAGAGUAUCUACAGCCACGCGUCAACUCCACUCAGCCUGACCACGGGUUCACUCCUUUCAACGACCCGUUCUUCAUCGUGGAGACGGUCUGCAUUAUCUGGUUCUCCUUUGAGAUUAUAGUCCGCUUCUUUGCGAGUCCGAGCAAACCCGCUUUCUUUAAAAACAUUAUGAACUCUAUAGACAUUGUUUCCAUUUUGCCUUAUUUCAUAACUCUCGGCACGGACCUGGCACAGCACCAAGGCAAUGGGCAGCAGGCGAUGAGCUUUGCCAUCCUGAGAAUAAUCCGCCUCGUGAGAGUAUUCCGCAUCUUCAAACUCUCCAGGCACUCCAAGGGGCUGCAGAUCCUGGGUCAUACCCUGCGCGCCAGCAUGAGGGAGCUGGCCCUCCUCAUUUUCUUCCUGGUCAUAGGAGUCAUCCUCUUCUCCAGCGCGGUCUACUUCGCUGAGGCGGAUGAACCCACGUCGCAGUUCACGAGCAUCCCGGACGCGUUCUGGUGGGCUGUGGUGACCAUGACGACGGUGGGUUACGGUGACAUGAAGCCCAUUACAGUCGGGGGGAAGAUAGUGGGCUCCCUGUGCGCCAUCGCGGGCGUGUUAACUAUCGCGCUCCCGGUGCCGGUCAUAGUGUCCAACUUUAACUACUUUUACCACAGGGAGACGGACAACGAGGACCAGACGCCGGUGGUGGAGAGCAUGCCCCCUGGCUGCCCCUACUUCCCGGACUUUCUGAGGAAAUUCAAAGGCUCGCCGUCAGGCUCCUCGAUGGGUGACAAAGCGGAGUAUAUGGAGAUGGAGGAGGGGGUGACGGAGUCACUUUGCGGGCUGGACAAGAGCCCGAGUAAAGGAAAUGGGACAGACAUAGGAAGGAGAAACAGUACUAACUCGAAGUCCAUUCAGACUGACGUGUGAUUAAAGUCAAGUUUCUUUUUUUUUGUAAGUGAAAAAGCCCUAUAAAGACACUGUACGAGCAGGUGGUCCCCCUAACACAAGUUUUACGCACGCCUCAGACACACAAACACACUCACACUCAUACAUCACUAAUUGGCAAAUUAGAAUAUUUCAUUUUCUUAACAUCAGAAGAAAGUUCCCCCUCGAACCCUCUUUACGCAGAGGAGCAAUUCAGACCGAGAAUCUUGUAAAAGGUUGAUUAAUUAAGUCAUUUAACCUUUCUGGGCUUCCAAAUCUGACACACACAAACACACACACACACACACAUACACACACAUACACGGAAAAACAAAUCGAAAUUCAAGACAGGACAGGCUAUGCAUACGCACUUUAUGGGUUUCAUCUGUCAAUAACAGAAAGGGUAGGGAUGAUCGUUUUGCUGAUAUGCAAUAAAGAAACAUUUUGUUUGCACUAAUGUAGAAUCUGCGCUAGGUUAGGCUGAUUUUUAUUUCAGAGACAGAAACUGUAGGCCAUGCAAAUGGCAAUUUAGUCCUCCUCUGAUUACUUAGCUGAAGAAUGUUUGACUAACUUCCUUACAGAGAGCAAACUAAGGUUAUAAACAACCUCUUUCAUAUGUUGCCAAUAAAAAAAUUGGACCUCAGUCAAGGAAAAGUCGGAGACAGAUAACGAAAAUCUUUGUUCAUGCUCCAACAUUUAAUCUAAACAAAACGUUCAUUGAUAAGACAGCAUUUAGAAGUCAUCAAAUAAAGCAGGGCUAGAGUUAUUUCUAUGACAUCUACACAAACAUGCUUUUCCACAACAGGCCAAGAAAAGCCUUGUGUUGUCGAGCCACCAUGAGAGCUAAGCACAGGAAUCAUUCAGAGUCAGACAUGGCUGGAGAAAUGACUCGCCUCGCCAGGUUUUGUAUGGACAGGCAUGGGGCCUUGGCGACAACAGUUUCCCCAGCUUCAUUGAAACAACCUCAAACAGACAGUAUCCCUUUACACGGACGCAGAUGGAAAGCUAUAGCAAAAACGACUCUGUUGUGGAAACUCCUCAGAGGGGGGGUUGCGAGCAACUUCCUCUCCUGUCCACUGGACUUCGUGCACAAAAUUUUUUUUUUUCUCAAGAGGACUAUGAUUAUCUCCGAGCUCUAAGGAUGGUCGAGAUGUGGAUGUCUUCCAAGGUAUGUAGCCUGCAGUUAGUGUGUGACAGUUAUUUUUAUGCAGUGGUGAUGAAAACAACUCGCAGUGUCACAGUGUGGGCCAAUAAUGAUCCUGAAAAUAUGGAGGAAUAUCACAGAGACGAGGAAUACAACUAAUAAAACACUCACUAGAAGCUGAAACUAAAAUUACUUAGAGAAACGGAGUAAUUCAUGUGUCUUUGACAUGUGUUUUUGACGCGAGUUUUCCCCUAAAGCCAAACGAUGACGCAUGACUGCGCGUGCGUAAUUGUGCGUAAAAUACAGUAGCUGGACGCUGGCCAAAUACGCGCUUAUUUUAGCUAUCACAUGAUCAAUUGACACUUCUCUAUGAGGCAAAGCAAGGCUUAACGUGCAAAAAAUUCAUAAUAUUAUCAUUUAUGGUAUCUGCAGUUAUCCGAUGUAAGGGAAUGUGGAGUGAAAACUUUUAAGAAUAAGAUUUUGGAAGAUUUAGUACAAAGCAUACUUAAGAGAGUGAAGAAAAUAUCCCAAAUGCAGCCUUUAGCUAUAUGAAUCUAUAUUAUCAUACAAGUAACUUUAAAAAUGAUGUGACAGAGUUUACUUUGCACUUUGCCUGACUUCAGUCACUUGAAAAUCCAGAUAGUUUUACCCUCCACAGCAAGUGCAGCAUAAAGGCACUGAGUCUAAAUUCAGUCUAAAUCAAGUCUAUGAUGAAAUCUAUAUACUUGUACUGUUCUGCCAGUAUCAGCAGCAUCAGAGCACAACACACCCCUCCACACACUCACACAUGCACCAUUCAUGAAAUUGUCUUCUUUGAGUUUCACUUUAAAGAAUGAUGUGUGUGCAGAGUUGGAUACUUGAAGGCUGAUUGAGGAAAAGUUUGUUUUGUUCCACCUCAAAUCUCAGUGUAGCUCUCGUAGUUAUGACCUGGAUUUUUCAUUAAACCGCACAAUAAUAGUGAGGUAUGAACACUGCACAUGUGAAGAAAUGUGAUGCCUUCAGUGCGCACACUGAGGAUGGCACAUGAGCAAUUUUAUUAAUACAUCACAUUUGGAAACCAGUGGGCUCAGAGUGUUUUAUUUUGAGGGUGAGGCAGAAAUACACCAACUAAUAACUACUUCCACAACCGUGAAAUGCAUGUAGAAAUCAAACAAGGAAGCAUAACGUAGAACAGACAUGUGACAAAGCAUUUAAACACAAAAGCAGAGAACAGGGGGAGUUGAGCAGGUAAACCUUUGAAAUGUAAAACAGCUGCAUGAUCAGAGAUUCUGGAUUUUUCAAUGAAGAUGAAGUGGAUGCAAAUCAAAUAAAUGAGUUUCCUUUUUGUGGAAAUAGUGGUGCAAAUUACUAGAUAAUGUUUGUAUAUUCAUGGAAGAGGGUCUUGUAGAAGAAAAAAGAUUGUUAUUCAGGAUUAUAUAAGACCACUCAUUCAAUUUUUUUCAGUGCUGCUCUUUUUUAUGUCCACACUCUGAGUGGAAAAGAAACAAGAACAGGAAAUCUUAAAUGCCUGCCCGUUGUCUCAAUCAUUAAGUUGCACAAGUAGUUGAAAAUCAGAACACACUCUGAUCAAUUAUUCAUUUUUUUAUAUUAUGAAAAAUUUUAACAUUAAAAAGUUCAAGAACAUCAAAAUUUUGGGUUCUUUAUUCUCUCAGUAUUCAAAUCUUUCCAGGGUGCUAAAACUCUGGGAAAUCUUUCAUUUAAUCAAACAGUGUUGCUUUUUAGUUGGUUGCCUGUCUUUUGAGACUAAACUAGUAUCACUACAUGAUAAAUCAAAGAGUAAGGGAGGGAGUCUGCAAACUGUUCACGUUAACUAAAGCUGGUUGUGACUCAGAUGAAUGGGAAGGCUAUAGUAACCUGUCAAAAUUUAGAUGAACUAUGUGAGCGCAAUUUCUGUCCGGGUCAUAUUGAACUGUUUUGAAUUAGUUUAUAUGGACUUUUAUUCAGCUGGCACAAUUUCAAGUGGUGUCAAAACAUUGUGGUAGAGCCAAUAUUGAGUGGUAUGGAGUCAGAGUGCCUGUUUUAUGCAAGUUUUCUCAAUUGACCUGCUUUUAUCUCAUGUGCUGAAAGUGAAUUUUGAACUAUCAAGGCUGUAACUCCCCCAGUCCCACACAGGACAUCCUCAAGCCACAUCUGUUAUUGUUUUGAAAAGGAGAUUUCCACUGGUAAAAAUAACAUUACUCAUUUUCCGGUCCAGGUCUUUCAAACUUGGUGCAAGUUGGGAAAAAGUACAGAGAUAAGAUAAUAACUGUUGAACUUGCAGCACUCUGCAGGGUUUUAAAUCCGAAGAGCUGAUACUUCAGAUGCAUCAGCAUUUGUCUCAGUCAGCGGUUAUUUGCAUUUAUACAGUGGAUCCAUAUACACGCUGCCACUCACUCCAUCAGUGCCUCUCAGCACAUAACCACUGCACCAUAAUCAUUUAUUUCUCUGUGUGUUUGUAUCCUCAGAAGAACUAUUCAUGCAAGAUAUUUUCAACACCUGCACCCACCACCUAACACACACAGCAGCGUCAUGGCCCCGGGCCAACUCCUCUUGAUACCUCACACUUAGCACUUACAUAAUGUGGCUUAUUGCAAGAGGCGCAAUCCAAAACGUUUUCUAAGCAAAGUGUGUGGGUCAGGCAUAUUCUUAGGCCUGUAGCUGCUGAGCUGAGGGUGAAAGCAGCCCAUAUCAUCCUGAGCCACAGAACCGAGCUGAAUGGUUUUGACUGUUCAGGGCGUCCUGUCGUCACGUGCACGGCGUGUCUUUGUAGUGCAGAUUUAGACCAUAUGGCCAGGCCAUGUGAUGUGACAAAUGGAGAGUUAUUUAUGGUUAUAUUUUUUCUAAAAGUAUUCCAUGCUUGUCAAAGGACAUAGAGGAGAGGUGGGAAGAAAGUGAGCGUGGUGUAUGUAAUGUUAGACCGGGUUAUGUAAUAACAGAGAACAGAGAACAGAGAGCAUGUGAGCCGAGCUGAUCAACACCGAGUUAAUCCACAGUUUUGCUCAUCAAUUUGGGACACUAAUCUGGUUAGGAAACCUUAUACUCACAGGUAUUCGCUGCAAUGACAAUUUGUCUCUGCCUCUAUAAUUUCAACAGUUUUCACUUGUGUGAUUUCUGACCUGUUGGUCUCACGUGGAAAACAGUCUGAAGAAAUAGCUGCGAGUGUUGGGAGUGAGUGAUGUACAGUGUCAAUAGUCCAGUCCUGUGAGCUGAAUAAUUUAUAGAGCCACAAUUUGAUCAGGAAAAAUUAGAUUAACUUAUGGUGAAAGGAAUAAUAUGAGACAGCUUUAGGCGGUACUGACCAAUAGUCAUACUCAAAGACAGAUGCUGUUCACAUCGCCCCUCACUGGUGAAUGUUACAAACAAUUGUAAGUCAUGGGGAGUCAGUUGUUUACAUGUGUAUAACAACAUGGUUUAAAGGCUGGAGUAUCUGGAGUAGUAUAGUAAAGUGAAAACUGUCUGGAAGCCAAAAACUUAACAGCUUUUUUUUUUUUACCAAAACUCAUUAAAGCUACAUCUUGGACAUGAAACCACUGUCUAAAUGCAGUAUUAUGAUUAUUCUGUUCAUGGAUUUGUAUUAUCUCCUGAUUGAAAUGGCAACACAAAGACGUCAACAGCCCUUAUAAAUAUUAUUGUACCACAACAAAAUGAUUUCUUAAGCAUUUAGGAUCAACUGAAGUCAACAGUGACUACUACAACAUGCAUAAACAUAACAGUACUCUUCUUGUGCAGAUGUAAGUGAGAGUGUCGGUUGAUGUAAUCUAUCAUAUACGGCACUUUAGUGAUUUAUGACAGCUGUUAAAACUCUGCUCCGUCUCAUCUUCAAAACAAUGUGCCAUCACGUCUACUUUGAGGUGGUGUAAAAUUGAAGUUGUAACUUUUGCUUACAUUGGAACAAACUCAGUUGGCGCAACCCCUAAAAUGUUCGUAGGGCGUGAACUCGGUCUUAAAUCAGAAAUUGUAGUCACACUUGGCUACAUAUGAACAAAUCCAUAGCUGAUGCAACCCAGAGCUGGACUUGCAAAGCCUCCAUGUCAUGAAUAUAUAGGCCUUGUUGGGAAACAGUUGUCUAACAGUGUCUUUUAAGGAAGACAGAGUUUGAGUGGAAUGAAAAAUUAACAAGAAAGUGAAAAAAAUAGGACUAUUGCAUUCUCUCUGAAGUAAUCUGGGACAAAAUCACAGGGCACAUAACAUAUGAUGAUAUUUGUAAAUAAAGAGCCAAGCACUCGAGAAAAUACCAAAAUAUUAAAAACUGAACUACUUAUUCAGCAUUCACUGUCGUCUCAUGUUGAGUUUUGCAGAUGUGCAUGAACCUGUAUGUAACCUUCACACACAGCUGUGAUGGCUAAAAGUUGACAAAAGGCUCAACUACUUAAAGACAGAAAAGCUGCAGAGCUAAAACGUCUCAGAGUUAAUCGGCUCUCUUCAAACUCUGCAGAUUAAACGUAACAGGCCUGUAUUCAGGUUUUCCAUUGUGGUUAUCACACCGGCAUCUACAUUUACAAACGUCCCAUUGAAUUAUGCUCCUCACUGCCCACAUUUUAUGUGACAGCAGACACUUCCAGAUUGAAACAACCUGCUCUGCAUAACACAAGUCAAAUUGUGCUGACAACCACAGGUCAAAGUCACAGCUGACCCUGUUGACAAACGGCUCAUUUAGUUUCUCAAAUAAUGACUCCUACCUGCAGCCAAGACAUCCAUCUAUCUUCUAGAGAUCCACUGGAACCUGCUCAGGGUCACAGGGGGCUGGAGCACAUCCCAGUGUUCACUGGGAGUGAGGGAGAGGAAACUUUUGACAGGAUGCCAGUAAUCCACAGAGCUAAAUGAAGAAGACAGAAAAAACACUUUUACUCUGAGGGGUAAUUUGGGAGUUUUCAGUUUACCUAUCCUGCAUGACUUUGGACAAGAGCACACAAAGUUAACUGGCCGUGACAUCACUUCAACCCCAAUAUAUUUAGCAAAAGCUGAUGCAGUCUAAUGUGAGAGUCUUCCAUUUAUUCCAUUAUGGAGGUUCUAAUGAACACUGCGGAGUUCAACAGAGACACAAACACGCUUCCAGGAGUCUUAAGGCUGGCUGAUGAAUGCUUUUUUAAUUCAGCUUCAACAAAAACACUUUUAACUCCAUAGAUGAUGAUCUCCCAACGCAGACACACUAACAGGAGCAUACCCAGCUACUGGCCAUGGGUGGCCCCUGAAAUUUUAUAGGCCACCUCAAAAUCUAAACCUCAGCUAUUCAAUAAAUGGCCCCUGGGCCAAAUCCAGCCCAUUGACAACCUUAAGUGGUCAAAACGUAACCAGGGCACAUAGAUAAAACAAUUGAAAAAAUAACUGAAUCCAGUGAGCCGUAUGACUUACUUACUUCAGUCCUAUCUUUGUCCAGAGUUGCACACAGAAGAAGACAUAUUCAGUCCCUUAAUUUUGACUUUAAACAUACAUUUUCUAUUUGAGUCCCUUGAGAAUUCAGAAAAUAUAAAUGUUAUAACUCUUCUGUGUCACAGUGGUAUCACAAAAAUAUCACCGUAUCUUAAUAGCACUCUAACACUUCACUUAAAAAAAGACUGGAUCAGCUCUACAUGCCAAGCCAGUUUUUUUUAUUCUUUUGCACAAAACAAACUCUAUCCAAACGUACCAUCUAGUAGACACUUAUGCUUUAGUUUAAGCAGGGUGUAUUUAUAGCACCUACCUGUAUAAAUCAUGGCAUUAGUUGUUUUUAUUGAAUCAUUCUGCCUAAAACUAAAGGCUUUUCUCUAAUGACCUGUAACGGUCUUGUGUUUCAGAUGCUGGAAAGGAUAGCAAAAGAUGCCUAUAAAGACAGCCAUUGUGGUUAAUAAGCCGUUAUUUAGUUUGCUCACGUACUGCAGUGGUAGAACAUGAUACACACACAUGCAGCAUCAGAGGCAGCCGCUGGUUAUAAAUAAAGAAUCAAAAGUGAUUAAAUGUAUGACUCUAUUCCCAGAGGUAUGAAAGUGAAAUAACAUGUCAGGCUGCUGUUGUGAUGAUAAUAGUGCGUCACAUGCAGACUCUGAUAGUUUCAUAUCUGACCUCUGACUGCCAGUAUAGAAUUUAUGAAGGGCCUGCACACCUACAUAAGGGAUUUUAUAGUUAUUAGUGCAUCUGCAGUUUGAAUACUAAUGUGUAGCAUUAAUUUAAUUCAUAGCUGUAUUGUAAAAUGUUUGCUAACUCGCAGGCUUCUUCAAACCUGUGUUUGUUGGCGUUUUCAUUAGUUCUUUAAAUCAGAUUUUUAUUGUAAACACUGGCAGGAAUGUAUAUUGUGAAUUGUACCUGUACGUAUAUGUAUCCUCUGCAGUUGGCUGAUCAUACAACAACAUUUAAAUAGGAUGGAAAAAAAAUCACUCCAGGUUGUGAUACCAUAAAUCUGAGCAUCACUAACAGACCUUUUUUUAGGCAACUGAACAUUCUGCAGUGUUAUUAUUUUCAGUGGUUUUUCAAUGUGAGUGCACAGUUGCAUUCACAAUAGGCCACUCUAACAGGAGAAAGAGAGGGAGAUGUCAAGCAAACAAUGUGUACACAAACACAAACAGCCCUCAGGACAGAUCCUAUAUGACAAAACAAUAGAAACGGCCAAGUGUAUGUUGAGACUUACACAUUUUUUCUCUACAUCAUUUCCUACUGAAGAUAAAUGGUUGCAUGCGAAGAGUUAAACGAGGAACGUUCAUCUUGAUCCUGCAUCUUUCUUACUGAGUAGACAUGUUUCGACCAUAAAAUGAAUCAUUCAUCAGGCAAAACAACGCAGACUGGAAAAACAUAAUAAUGCCUGAUUAUUUCAGCAAAGAAUAUUACAUGAUAUUUCUUAGGUAUUUACUGUUAACUAUCAAUUUUAUGUACCGGCCUUAGUACUUAAAAGAUAACAUCUUUUUCUUGGAAGUAAUCAAAGCAGCCUGAAAAGAAAACAAGAGGAAUAGAGUUGAAGUUCAUGGGGCUGGAAUGUCUUUCUCAGUCCUGCCAAUACAUUAAUCAGGCCUGAUAAAGCCUGUCAGCUAGCUCUGUAGCCAACACACACAAUAGCCAAUCCUAUCUAGUAUCAUCAAGUGAGUAUUUAAGAUAGCUGGUGUGUCUUUAAAAGAGACGAAGCAUUGAAAAACAGUUCAAAAGGGACACAGCUGAGUGGUCCUUCUUAACCCCUCAAGUUACCCUUAAAUGUGGUUAUUGAUGACUUGCUGUCACAACCAUGAGUCAAAGAAAGCUAAGAGAAACCCUGACCAGCAGUUUUGUGAAGAUGAUCUGUUGGGUCAGUAUAACGCCCAAUUUCCACCGCAUGCGGAACGGCUACAAAAAGGCCAUAUCUGCCAAUCGUAGCUGAUCGUAACCAUUCAAGUUAAUGUGUCAGUUUCCACCGGCUUCUUUCCGUUCUGCUGUAGAUCGCCAAAUCGCAAGAGUUCUGUUUUUUGCAGACGCCGGAGCAUGCCGGAUAAAGUCAGCACAGAUUAACCCGUGCUGGAAAGGAAGUCGGGCACAGACACAAACUAAAACAUCUGUCUUCUUUUCAAAAUAAAAGACUCCAUGUUUCAGGCAGAUCGUAUUUCACACCAUGCAAACAGGCGGGGACGAACAAGUAAGAGGUUUAUAGACAGCUUUUCAUCCCGAUGACACCAUGAAUGGGGAGAUGCUGAUCUAAAAGUCUAGAAGUGGAUUUCCUCCUCUGGAAGGACACAAUCUACUGCUUAUAUGGUUAUGUGGCUGUCUUUAUAGAGACAUCUCUUAACCGUCCUAUUGCACGUGAAUCAGCGGGUUUUUGUGAGUUCUCACCAUUUCUGCUGUACGAAACUAGCCUCACAAACGAAUCCGGUAGGAAAUGGCGGGUGGCAGAUCGGAGCCGUUCUGGAUGCGGUGGAAAAUCGGGGCAAGAGUUUGGAUAGAGGUUUGAAGAUAGGAUGAAGUCAUCUCGCCCCUGUGCUGCCAUUAGGUGUAGAAACAGAUGGGUUAGAGUGGCGAGACUGAAUCAGUGCAAACUGACGGAGCAGGAAGGGCAGAACAGUUCUGUGUGUGCAUGUGAGUGAGGGUGUUAACCUCUUGUGCUUCCAUAAUGCAGUAUUACAAUAUAAAACCACAUUGGGACAUUAUUGUGACACUGCUUUAAAACCACAAAAAGGUGGUGUUGGUGGGGAUGCACUACUGUGUUGUUGCAAAAUAAAAAGGUCUGUUGGCCUUAUCUUAUAAUAGACGCUGAACUGUCUCCCAGGGGCACAAUCAUUUGCAUGUGAAUGGGACCAGUUUGUAACAGUAGUCGACUGUAUAUUAUUAUCGACUCUGCACCUUUAUCUCUACUCUCAUAGAGAGAUGUGACCCUAAAUACCUCCUUAAUGGGUGCUGACACAAUGCACCAGAGGAGCCAGGGCAUGUGAAGAGCUGAUCUGGCUGGUGGAGCCACAGGACCCAUAUAACACCCCUUCCACUUACUAAACAACACAUUUAACUAAUCGAUAAGACAACAAAGAUGCCCCUGGUCAGUGCAGUCCACAGCAGGUUGUUGUGUUGAUUUGAAGCAGACACUUAUGGCUAUGGGAAAGUGUCCAUGGUGGUAGUUUGACCCAGAUUCAUCGGUGGGGGAGCUCUUAAAGUUCUGACUCCAGGAUAUUUGUAGUUUUGUCCAUGUUUUUUCAUUAAGUCUAUGGUAGUACUGCUGGUCUCUUUGAGUAGAAGUCUCUGCUGUGUGUGUGAAUGAGUGACUGAGGCAUGUAGUAAGGGCACUUUGACUGGAAAAAUGCUAUAUAAGUGCAGUCCAUUUACUAUUUAGCAGUUUUUUCCACUGGUAAAAUCAACCAUGACCACGAAGCAAUAAGAGGCCCUUCUUUUUUUUGACCCCUCAGGCAUAGAGGACGUGCUGUUUUAAAAUUACGGGGAAUUUUGGUUAUGAAUCUUUCACCGUGAAUACUGUAAACUGAAAAUGUGCUGUGUCACCAACAUUGAGUAGGAAAACUUGCCCUUUCUUUAACCGCUUACCUGCUCUGACUCACUCCAGGCCGUCACGUAAUUGUCAACGACUGUUUAUCACCUCCUGUUUUCCACGUAAACAAAAUGUUCACAGCCCAGUCUGACGAGAACAGUUAAUAAAGCACUCUUGGGAUUACUGCUACGCUGUAAGUUUAAACCAGCUUGCGGUUUCCAUGAAGCAGUUACAUAAUGUCCCUCUAUUGACGGAUAGCAACCUGAGUCCCUGCACCCUCUGCUGUAUCCCCUCUUUCUAAUUGGCUGCAUUAAUCCAGCAGUAUCUGAGGCUUUAUUGUGUUACUCCAUACUCAACGUGAAGAUUGUAUUGCUAAUUACACAUAUGCAAUAUCAGGUUUCCGCACCUUCAGGUAAAUCAUCUGCUUCUAGGUGCUUUAGCAUGCAGCCAUAAGAAAAAAAACAGCAUUUGUUGCCUGUUAAGGUGCUUAAAAGAGAAAGCUUAUUUGGUUUUACAGGUUCCACAAUGAGGGCAAAAAGUAUGGAUUACAGAAUCAAUAUUUACAGUAUGAAAAGGUUUACUGCUCUGUGAGUUUCCCCGCAGUGCACACACAGGUAUGUUUGGUCAAAAUGUUGAUUAGGUUUGCUGUCACACACACAGACAAUCUGGGGCAGCAGAGGAUUACAGAUUUGUUAUGGCUUUGGGAAAGGUAAGCAUUUCAAGGAUUUGUCAUAUCAAGUUUGGGGAUUUUUCUUUUUUUUUUUUACCUUCAUUCUCCAGAGUGCUACCUUAAACCCCACAGUGCUGUGGCUUUUUUUUUUUUUUAUGAACAAGCUGAAGAUUUGAUUAAAUGCGGCAGCUGCUCAACCAUAAAAAAGUUUUUUCUUCCUCCCUCCUUGUGAAGAUGAGCUGGUGAGCAGAGGACAGGCGCCCUGCUGGGCCCUGUAAACUUUUGAGGGGCCGCAGAUGCUUAUCCUGCUGUGGGACUACAGUAACACAAGUACACAUGCAUCAGUAUGUGUCUACAGGAGCUUAGUAGAGUGAGCAUGAUAACCAUGCACUACAGGAGUCAUCUGGUGUAAAAUGUUACAGCUGCAGGUUCCUCGGGACUUAGUGGGAGGAUUUUAUGAACUAUUAAGUUUUUAUGUACCGACCUUGGGUUUCCUCCAGGUAACCCCAAUUUUCCAUACACAAAAAAUGUAUAGAUGGUAACCAUCAGUAUCAGCUCCUACAAGUUAGCAUAACUCAUUUUAGUGAAACCACAGAAGAAGAAGAAUGGCUUUAAAGGGACAUUCUGGCACAAAAUUAAGUUAGGGUCAAACACACUGUAACACUGAGUUAGACACCCCCUCGAGAGAUGAAUGUUGCCGACCGCUUACUUCUCUAGUUAUACCAACUUUAGUGAUGACAGCACGAUAGCAAUACAGAGAGCCACACAUUCAACCAAAACGCCACUCUAUAGCCACAAAUAAUGCUCAGAACAGUGCCUAACUUCAUCAACAGUACAUAUAGGGUCCCAGCCAUAGUACUAGACACCAAACAUCCUUUAAACUUUGCCUAAUUUCUUUAGCAAAGAGACUAAACACAACUCACCUACUCUCUUCCAGCAGCUGAUCGUUUGUGGCGAGACCCCAGAGAAAAUGACAAAGCAAUAAAAAACAAACUGUAUCAUCUUUUUGAAUCACAGAGGAAAGCAGAGAUACUGGAAAUUUGGUAGUAAUUAAGUAGCUGUACCUGUAUAUAACAAAUCCAGUGUAUUUUAGGGGAGGGACCUUCAGCAAUGUGCAGUUUCAUUGUAGACACAUAUGUAGCUUAGCUCGUACAGAACUUGAGCACAGCCUAUGCUAGCAUUGUUAGCCAUGAGGUACGGUUGAACUGACCACUUCACCAAGACUCAAGCCAUCCUUCUCUGAUGGUCACGUUUUCAACUAUGUAUAAGUCUUUCUAAACAACAGCACUCCAAGGUUCAUUUACUUAAUACCACCAUCUUCUUGGCUUUUUUUAAGGUAUAUUUUGAGCAUUUUUGCUGUUUCUGGAUCAGACAGCUGAAGAGAGAUAGGAAAUACUGGGAUAGAGACACAAUAAACUGUCAUGGCCAAGAGCCGAGUCAGUGAUUGGUAGGAUGAGUCUCAUAUGUUCUUUUUACUGGGUACAAGCUCAAACUGCUGGACCAAUGGCGUCCCACCAUGAAAUUCUUUUAAUGCAAGAUUCUGACCUAUGAGGAAGACAAAGGUUAAAAAUGGAUGAUGAAUUACUGGUCAGUUUGUUCGAAAGUCCUUCAAAAAGUUCAAUGUAAUUAAGUUGUCAAAAAUUAUUUCGGCAUGUUUAUAUACUUAAUUACACUGAUUAAGUACAGAUACACCACAGGAACAAAUCUGUCCGGAAAGCAAAGAGAAAGCAAAAACUGACUUUAUUAUUGGCGCUUUAAACGUCUCUGUUCGCCAGAGCUUUCUCUGCACAUUUCCAGCUCUGUACUUGUGCUGGAGAAACAUUUGGCUGAACCUAUCAGAAAUCAAACAAAAGGUUAAAAGAAAACCUGCCCAAGAUUCCUCGCUCUUUCUUUCAAAAUAAUCAAAUCAUAUUUGACAGUGCUAAGAUGAGGAUGCAUGAACGGUGCCCAAGCAAAAUAGUGUCAAAAGAGCGAGCAUAUUCUUGAGAGAAGAAAAGUACCGUCAUUAUAACCUGGACAACGUACUAAAUGUGUUUCCUUGUAUGUGUUUACAACCGUUCAAACACAAUCAAGGCAGUCAGCCUCAGUAAACAAUUCAAAUCUUUGUUUGAAAUUGCUAUUUUCAGAGUCGUGAAGAAAGGUUGACUUUGUGCUGUACAGUGGAGGGCCUUUUAAAAACUGAACUGUCUGUGCCCAAGCCUUUUACUCCAACACGAAUGUGGUUUUUGUAGUUAAAAGAAAUGAUAUGUGUUGUUUGAUCUACAAGUCACUGUCUUAUAAGGGAAAAGGUCUGAGCAGAUUGUCUGUCACACUAAAUCUCACUUAUGUAAGGUGAAUAGGGGGUUAAGUUAUAAAAUAAUGCAUCCUCAAAGAUUUUGACUUGCUUGGAUAGUUGUUUUCAUAUCCUGUAUCUGCUUCAGGUUACACACAGUUUGCCUUAUCUUAGCUGAAAUUAUUUUGUGUUGAAAAUAACCUAACGUAUGCAACUUUUAUGUCUCCUAACUUAUCAAACUUCUCCUUUUUUUGCUGCUGUGUCAUUUGAAAAAUGUUCGGUCAGCAGUUCGUUUCACUCUUUGUUAUCUCUUGUUGGAUCAGGGGCGGUCAGAACUUCAAUUAAAUGUUGUUUGUCUAAAAAUACCUCGGGCUACUCGUGAUUAGAUUAGACAGACAAAUUCUCCUUUUCCUGUACGACAAGGACUCGUGGAGGACGAACCUGAUGACGUGGGGGAUGAGGGGUCAGACAGUGCCUCACGUUAAUGUGCUGUCAUUGUCUACAUUAAAGAACAUCAGUCUGGAUGUGAUGUGACGUGUGCGCAGUUACUAAUUUUUUUUUUUUUGCAAGGCAGAGCACAUUUAAAUUUGAGUCGCUCUGUCCUAUUUUAAAACAGGAGAGUUCACAGUUAUUAUGCACAAGGUGAACCUGUAGGUUGAUGACAGCUGUAGAGCUUUUUCUCGAUAAAAACAUCUGCUCUUUAGACACACAUUGAUGAAUAAUGUAACCCAAAUAACAGGCGUUAGAGAGGCCCUGACUAAUGAUGAGUCAAAUUACAUUAAUAAUGUAGGCCUGCUAUAUCAGGCUGCAGCAUACAUCUCCUGCAGCCUUAACUUUUACAACUUGAUAUCCUACAUUUUAUUUCAUCUCUAAUUUCCUUUUGCAUGAACAGCAGACUGGAAUGUGUUCAAGCAUCAGGAAGGGUGUUUACAGAUUUGCAGACAAAGCCUGGUUGUUCAGUUUUUGAGUGGCUUAUAAAACCCCAAAAUGAAGGCUCUUCAUAUCAUUUCAAAUACACAAUGCGUAUUUACAAAGCUGCGUGUAAAUAUGACCAACUCUGCACAAUAUGGACGCGUUUUGAACUACUUGAAUUACAGGUUUGUUUUGUCAAGCUGCAGCAAUUAAUCCCUUUUUGUACAGAAAACAAUGAAUACAGAACAACUUCAGAUAAAUGUGCUCUAUAACAAACAGCCAAUGUCUGAAGUAAAGUUAAAAAUAGAUCUUUCAUUCGAGAUGGAUUGUGAACAUUGGACCAAGGGGGGCAUGCAUCUUCGUUUCCACUUUAUAUUGAUGUCAAACUCUAUCUUAGUCAGGUAUAUUGUUUCAAAAAACUCCUGCAGUUGUUGCAGAUGUCUCUGUGUCUCGAGGGUGCAGCUGUAAAGUCUGUCGUCCUUCUGGCAGCAGUGCUGUCAAUUGAUGUACCAAAUGGACCAGAAGAACAACAGGCUAUUUCAACUUGUGUACCUCGCCUGUGCUUUUAUAGCAAAGGGGCAGCAAACUUAUGCUAAAAUGUUUUGACUGAGCGGAUUCUCAGCUGUGUUUAUUUGCCCAAAGUAUACAGCAGAAGAAAAUCAGGGGAGCAGAGCGAGCGAGAGAGCGAGGCUGAAGCUGAGGCUGCUCCCCAAAUACAUUCAGAUACAUGCAGUCACCGCUGGCACAGCUCCACCAGCAGGACUCAACUUUCUCGGUCUGCAGAGCAUGCACUUAAAAAUACUUCUUUCGCUGACUUCAUCCUCCAUUGACACUGCAUGGGCUCUCACCAUAUCUCCACUACACAUGGACACCCACCAAAAACUGUGGCAGAAAUUCCCUUUAAACUCAUCAGGUGGGCAGACUCCACUGUUAUGCCAUUGUUGCUCCACUGUUUGCUAGUACAAUUCUUACACCAGUCUUGUAAUGUCAUAGUAUUGACAUUCAGCCCUUUUUGCAGGUUUCAGUCAUAAGUAAUACAAUAAAAAUCCAAUAAUGCAGUUUAAAGCUUUCUCUCUGAACAGUCUCAUUCAAUGCUUACAAUGAGCCAAAUUAUCGUUGAAGCAUAUUAUUUAUAUUUGUCUCAGGGUUUUAUCUCAGGCAGGAAAAACUUCCAUCAUAAAUCAUCCAAUCUCUGCAGAAAUCUUUCUUCUCGAGUUGCACAUGUAUCCCUAACUCAGCUUGGCAAGUACCUCAGCACCUUUUCGUAGUAUUAACAAAAAUAUGCUCCAUUAAAUGCUGGAUUGCUCGUAAAGACAGGAACAGGACACUCCUUUACUGUUAAGUGACUGGGUAUCUUUGUUCUCAGUUCGCUCAGUUCAGCUCGCUAAGUUUCCUUGUAAAAAUUGUGUGUCUACUUUUAAAAAUCUUGAUGCACUUUUUCCUUUUUUUUUCUUCUUCUUACACUGACAGAUAUCAGCUCGACAAAAUGUUUCCCUGAUUACAUCCUACACAGUUCAUAUCUCUGUCAGAAAGCAGUAUAUCACCAUUAUCUAACAGCCGUUACUGAUGCAUCGUACAUUACUCACUAGUGGUUUUGUAUACAGAGAAAACUCGAGGGAGAAUUGAGAUACAAUCAGCAUAUUAUUCUACACAAUGAUGCAUCUUGUCGAAACAAUUUUUCCACUUUUUCAUGACAGUGUGACAAAUGUGAAAUGUUGAUAGGUAUAAUACAGUGUUACGUAAGAGCCACGUGCACAGUCAAGAUCAAUUAGAGGGAGACAACCUCAAGUUUCGCCCCGUGGUCAAUCUAGGCUUGUGUGGACGUGGAAAACUCAAAUCCUAGAUGAGCCUGGAUCAGGGGGCGUCUCCUCCCGUAUCGAUCACCAUUAUGUAAACCCAAGCCCAGCUCUCUAACAUUAAAGCUUCUCGGCUUUUGUCCUGCCCCGGCAGCAAUUGUACGCGCAGGAAAAUGGCUGCCAUGACCAGACCUCCACAGACCUCGUCUCCCACUCGUUCUCUCUGCUCUCUUGCUUUGGAGUGACUCGAUGCUUUUAUGUGGAGUGACUAAUGCUCGCUCUAAAGGGCCCCGGGUGUAUCUGACUGCAUGUGCAUGUGUGCGGGCAUUGUGUGUGUGUGUGUGUGUGUGUGUGCGUGUGUGUAUUAAAUGCUGUACGCAACCCAUCAGCACAGCGGGGCUUGACUCGCUUACAUGAAGAUGAGUCAGUUUCAGGGUCUGCAAAGACCGAGAUCCCCCACACACUUCAUCCCGAUCAAUGCAAAGGGUUUGAUUUGUAAUCGUGCAAAGGGGUUAGUGUGGACCGUAAUGCUGCAGUGCCAAUUCAGACAACGUGGGGACGCUCCGAUGAGACAGUUACAGUGAGAGCAGAAGGUCAAAGGUCAGACUGAAGAGUGUAGAACGCCACAAACAAUAAUAAUCACUGAGUGCCUGUUUCUUACUGGGAGAGUUGGGAAAUGAUGCCGUUUGUGUGCCGGGCUAAAGAACAAAGAGAAUCUUAAAGCUGAGAGACCGCCAGACUCCAAAUAGCUGCUUGUAGCAGGAGACACGUCAGAUGAAAUGACAGCAUGUGUCCACUGUUCAUUCAUCAUAUUUACACAGCCAUAAUUAAUCUUUAUCUUGUCACUAAAACUUCCUUAUAACUCAUAAAUUCAGUCAACAAGGGUAGAAAAACAUCCUCAGUAAAUCAAAACAUCCUCCAGUGUCAAAAAUUGUUUUUCUAGCGGGUACAACUAAUAAGAGGAGCUUUAGUCAAAGUUAACAUUAAAAUGAAAUGUUGGUUGUGAAGCAUCUUUUCAUUUGCGCUUCUGUUCACACAGCUGUCCCCCUGUCUUUUACACAAGUUCACUUUAGAGUAAAAUGAAUCAAUUUUAAUUAGCACAAGUAGAUUCCAGACAUUGAUUUGCUUUUUAGCCAAUGAAAAUUACGAGUGAUUAUGUACAUUUCUCUGUACUGUCUGAUGUUAUGGGUUGCUUUAAAACUCAUUUUGCUCAACUUGUUUUACUUCAUUUCUGCUACGCCCUCAUUGAUAGUUUUCUGCUUUGUUUUUCUACGUUAUCGCACUUUGAAAAUAUUGUUAAAUGUUAAGUGUGUUACAUUUAAAGCAUACUCUUCAUGAAGCACUGUUAAUGUUCAUAGGUGGUUCAUGUUUUUGUCUCUUUAUCUUUCUUUUAAUGGUGAAUCAUAUUACACAUUGAGCAUCUUUGAUGUAGAAAAUGAUUUAUUUUUAAAGAGGAUGUUUCCCUGAGCAUUUCUGUAUGACCUACCUAACCACAGCUUAGUUACUCUGUCAUGUUGCUGUUGGUCUUGUUUGUUUUUGUAGCUCAUUUACAGACAGUGUGAUCAUUUUCAGCGUGUUUCAUAACCAGUUAAAACUCCUCACUGGAGCUUUAAAAACAAGUUAAUGACCCAUACGUUUUUCUCGGGUUGUUAAUGCAUUAAAUCUUGUUAUAAUAAUGUUGUUUGAUGGAUGUCACUCACUCAAUGUCACAUAUUCAUCUCACAGCAAAAUAAGUCACUAGCUGGAGUUAAGAUGAUGAUUGCACUGAUGGCUUAAGUAUACGGUAUAAUCAGCAGGUAAUGGUUUGUCUGACACUUAUAUUUAAACAUAGAGCGCACUGCACAGCAUGGCAGCUGUACUUGAGUUGGUGUCUCUGUUGUGUGUGUGUCUUGUCUUUAAGCCUUGGAUCUUGUCUAUGUGGAGAAAUUUGAGGUGCUUGUGAUAUUUCUCACUGAUUACAUCAUGUUACUUAAGAUAUCUUGGACCUCAUAUUUGCCUUAAUAAAGCACACAGAAUGCAUUUUUUUUCAUUUGUUGGAUAAGGUUAAAGUAGGCUUAUAAAUGAGAGAUGGUGGUGGGUGUCGUAUAUUGUCUUUAUAGCAUCCCUCAGAGGAGCAUUGUCACUGUAAACAGAAAUAGAGAGCUGAAGGGGAGGAAUAACAUUUUAUGGAAAUAAAUUCAAAGCAGCGGCCGGCUGACGGGUGAAUCAUUGCAGUGAAAUAUCAACAAACCAUUUCUUACACACUUUAUCUCCAGCAAAAAUUUGUUUCUCCAUAUCUGUUUUCAUCUGUGUCUCUGAGAACUAAUUUGUGGCCAAGAUAACGUAAGAGGAAAUCCAAUGGCUGAUGGAGAGGAUGCUGGGGCAAAUUUGGGAGUAAAAGUCCAGUUCUAGACUCCAGAGAGGGGCUCCUGAGGCCUGAACCCUCAACCCUGGAAGAAUAAUGGAACAAAAGCACUUAACAUUAGGAUCAAUAUUGGGUUAAUAUUCUCAGGACAGGCCAUGGUUUCAUCUUAACGUUAUCGUAGACUUUUUUAUUUCACUUAUUUGUUUGUGACAAUAUUAAAGAAAUAAUUAUCAUAACUUUAUUUAUACGCAAAAUACAGACUUACUAUAAAGGCCUAAGUAAGCCAUAUGCAAUCUAAGUAUGCUCUGUAAAAGAGACAGUGCUCAUUUGCUGCUUGUGUGCUUUCCUUGUUUCCUUAACAUUCAAGGCAGUGUUUGAUAAAACCCUCUACCUAUUUCAAGUUAAAGUAUCUGUACAGAACAGUGGUGGAUUAAAACGAGCCGCUAGUCCUUAAAAUGUCGGAGCACAUCCCUUGUAACUGCUGCAAUGUUUGCUCAAAUAUCUCCUCCUUCUGUGCUCUCUGCAAAUAUCUGCUGAAUGUAAUCUAGAGACCUGUGCGAUUAACCAAACUGCUCGAGUGUUUCCCUCUGUGGUACACUGAAGCCUCCCACCCCCCUGUUCGCCUCUUUGAUCACACACACACACACACUUCUACUGGCUUUCACAGGUUCAUCUUUCCUUUGAUUUCAUCUGCUGCGGCAGGUCGUUUUUAAUUUAUUUAUGCUCCUUUACGUCUCAUUCUGAUAAUUUGUUAUCGCCGCUCUCUGCUCCCUGUUCCUCUCUGCUCCCUGUUUCUCUCUGCUGAUCUUUUCCAAUUUAAUCCCAAUUAAUGUGUUCUUGAUGACUUCUUUGGAGGUGAGAGCUGUGGUUAUUUGUCAUUGCCUCUUCUGAUACAUGUAAUUAGUUACCACUGAGACACUUUUUUGAGGAAAAUGCACAUGACACUGUGGUAACACUUGAAGCCUCUCUCUGUUACGCAUUAUAAAUUUAUGUAUAAUGUGCUAUAAUCACGUUAAAGCACUGUAUAACUAUAGUUAUUAACACUCAUAAAUGAUCAUAAUGCUUUAUAGCAAUAAUCAUAACACAUAAAGCAUUUAAUCAUGACUUAAAAGGUCAGGUAUUAUAAUGUGUUUUAACUGUUAACAACUCACUGACAAUGCGCACAUAGAUAAUGCAUCAUACAUAUAUUUAUGAUGUUCUAUAAUUAGCUUAUAAACAUGUAUAACUAUCAUUAUAAACACUUAAUUAUAAUAAGGCUUUAUAACAAUAAGCAUAACACAUUAUACUACCUGACCUUUUAAGUCAUGAUAAAAUGCUUUAUGUGUUAUGAUUAUUGCUAUAAAGCAUUAUGAUCAUUUAUGAGUGUUUGUAACUAUAGUUAUACAGCACUAUAAUGUGAGGAUAAUGCAUUAUACAUACAUUUAUACUGCAUUAUAGAGAUAGGCAUCAAGUAAAGUGUUUCCGACAUGGUCAAUCAGAUUAUCAUUUGAUGGCAUUUCUAUCUUGUGUUGCAGUAGAACAUCAGAGAGUAAAACUAAAGUGGCUCAGUUUUAUAACCUUUGUCCCCAGCUGGCUCAUACACUGAUUUUGGAGUAUACAGCUUUAAUUUAAUGCUGAAUUAUUCCUAACAUCAAGGGGAAAAACAAUAAAUGUAUACACACUUCACUAUACACUAUAGCUGUAUUCACAGACGCACAAAACCCCAAUCACUUUCUGAAUUUUUUGGGGCUGCAUGUGUAAAUACAAACAGCCACAAAAUUUCACAGCAGCUUUACCUCGACUUUUUUCUGCCAGUUCCCUGAGUAAAAUUUCUGACAGCAGCCAUGGAAAGCCACUGUGAGAAUGCAACCGGAAAGAUCUGCGAGAAUUCACUGUGAAUGAGCAAGCAGGGGUGAUGCCAUUUAUAUGCGAACCUGGAAAAGCAAUAAGUGACAGGGUGAGUGAAAGAACCUAAGGCUGCACAUCUGUCCUUUCACAAGCAGCAUUAAUGUAAAUGAUAAAACUUUUAUAGCACUCUGUUGUCCUCACCCAUGUUAUAAACAUUACACUCUGGCUUUUACAGCCUGCUUUUGAUGUCAGGUCCUGUCUCCCCCCUGUCAAAUAGGGAAUUUCCACACUUUCAUGGACAUGUAUGUGAAAGCUCCUGAAAAUGUGCAUAUGUGAAUGAGACACCAAAACGUUGUCAUUUCAGGUCUUGGAGUACAAAAGUUUGUCCUACUCUUUUGGCAUCUCCUUCAGUUGCACAGCAUAUCCUUGAGCAUCUGUUUACUUCCUCGCUUUGCCAGAAAUAAAAUGUCAACACCUGGUUAAUAUGGUUAGAAGUUUGCUUUAAAAGUUCUGGGAAAUAUGGUGCAAGUAAAAGUCAUAACUCAUUGUUGACUUUUAGUUUCAGACAGGACAUGAACCCGUCAUCCCUAAUGGCGACAGUCCAACAUUGUUGACCCAUAAAUCGCCCCCAAAGCCAUCAAACCCAGACAGACCUGUGGCUCUUCAUACAAUGUCACCUUUCUCUUCACAUGCAGGAUAGUUGGGAUGCUUGCUCUAAGGGUCUAAAUGUGGAGUUCACUUUGGAGUUAGCCAGAGGUGAACCCGACUCACAGAGACCUUGAACUUUAUGAAGAAGUGAAACAGUGGCGUAACCCACUGGUUUGCAGUUUGGCUGUUUUUUUAGCAGAAGGGAACGUACAGUGAGAGUUUUUACGCCCUGUUUAUUCGAGUUCACUCUUGACAUAAACUGAUAGUGUUUUACUUGGUUUACUUGAAGACUGUAUUUCUAUUCAGCACCCUCACCCACUGUUGUAAAGAUGCUAUUUUUAAAAAUGAAUGUAACACAGAUCUUUAAAAUAGAGGCAGACUGAUUUACUGGUGUUGGCUUUCUCUUAGUAAAUCAAUAUUUAAGCAGAAAAUGCCCUUUUUCAUUACCAGUCCUGCUCCAGCAACAGCCAUGAGUAUAAAAUAUUAUGUAAAAGGAAAAUUAUCUAAAGAAAAAAAAACUCUCUCUGCUUUCUAACUUGGUGCUCACUGCCAAACUCCACCAGUAGAGUUAUAAAUAAAGCCACUUCCAGGUGAGAGCCGAGUAUUGACUUGGCUUUUUCCACUGAAGAUCUGACCCGGACACAGGCUCCAACAUUCAGAGAAAGAAAUACCAAUGUUGUCUCUAAUAUUUGUCUCUUAUUCUACUUUGUGGAUGAGGAAGCUGCAUCAGUUUAAGAGUGAUACUGUAAUAAAGAAAUUAGGGACAUUAGGCAUUAAAAUGUCAGCCUCGGGGUGAAACGUUACAGUCUGAUACAGUUGUUAUAGUUAAUUUGUGAAAGCAGAGGGAUAAGUAUCUAGUCACAGAGGAAUUGCUGCUUUUUCGUUGCUUAAAGCUGGACUUCUUGAACCUUCAGUGUGUUUAUUUCUGUCUUCCUCUCAUGUCUGAUAUCAUUGUAAUAUCAAUACAAAACUGCUUUUGAAAAGAGAUAUUUGGGAAUCUGUUACUUGAUCUCGCAAAUGCCAUGACUUCAUAUGGAAAACAGGAUGUGAAAUUAAUUCUCCCGCCGGACAACUGUGUCCAGUUUUGCCCCUGCUCAUGCCUGUAAGGGUGAAAAACAUCUUUAUGUUCAGGGGACUUUGCAGUUUCAUUUUCCUUGGGCCAGGUCCACGCAGCUAUUUUGGAACACUUUCGCUGACGUCUGUUGGAUUAUGCAGAAAAACCACAACGUGCUCUUUUAGGAUUUUUGUUUUACUUCUCAGGCCACCAACAGUAAAUCCUUUCUCCCUCCAGCCAACUCCCUGGUUUUAUGCAGUCAUGGUUUUCUGUCUCUUCAUUAGAUGUUAGACUGUGCAGUUGGCAGAUUAGGAUUGCUGCCACAGCGCUGAUGGAAAAUUCCAUUUAAUUUUUUUUAACUUUUAAGAAAUGGUUGAUUUAAUGAUUUUCUUCUAGCAUCUACAGUAUCUUUUUUGUGUUGGUCAGAGAUCUAAAACUCUGAUGCGCAGAAAAACACUCAAAAUCAAGCUCCAGGCGAAGACUAAAGAAAUUGACUGUAGUGGAUUCAUUUGCUUGAAAACUGGAUAUGCAGUUUAUUUGAACCAACAAAUCUAAAUUGAACAGAAGAAGUUCAAAUAAGUUUUUUGGGCUUUCAGAGAUUAGUCUUUAGAGAAUAACAGACCGCCAAAAUCUGAAUCGGAAAAAGUUGACAUUGGUAUUGGCUAAAUAGGGUGCAAUCAGAGCAUCUCUGUUCAACCCAUACUCUUAAAGUGACUGAGACAAUGGAGAAUAUCUACUAUUAGUUCAGAAAAUGUAAUGUAUCUUCUUUUUCAGACCAUCACUGUUUACUGAGAGUCUCAGCCAACUACCUGAAUAAAGAUCUAUUUUUGCAUGGGAUUAACAUUACCCGAGGACCUCUGGUGGAUUACCACCUAAUGUCAGUGUUAAGUGUGGCAUAUUCACACUGCACAUCUGAAGUUUGUAAUCUGUCCUAAUACAGUGGCGUUUCAGAUUGAAAACUAAGAAGAUCUGUUGACAUCCACCUCGUCUGUGGGGGCAGAGUCACACCCUUCAGCCCACGGCCUGGUGGAAACUCUGGUAUGAGUCUGGUACCAGGUCUGGUAGGACAUACUAUCCAAAUCUUAUAACUUUAUAACAUAUUAAGUUUAUAUGCUACCAGGCAAUAAAGCCCAAACACUUUGAUUUAAAAGUAUUUGUGUAAUUUAGUGGCUGCAAGAACAAAUAAAGUGGUGGGCUCUUUUUCAAGGUUCAAUUCAGGCUGGUGAACUUCACAUUUAUAUAUGUACACAUAGUGUCAUCACUACAAAAGCUUAAAAAUCAAAGACCCAUUUUUUUUAAACAGAAUUUAUCAUAACCUCAUAAUGUGACAAAGUUGGCUCCAUCCCCGAAUAUAUUUUGCAGGUUACUUGAUGUACUUGUUGUACGAAACCCCAACCCAAUACCAGAUUGUACAUCCAAAAGUUAGAGAGUUCAUUUCUUUACUUUAUUUUUCCUCUUAUUUGCACUUAGUUGAUUCAGUCUGUACCUGAAAGUUUCUCCAAGUGUUUUGUCUUUAGCUGCGAAGGAGAGUCCUGUAACCUGUAUAGAAGAUAAAGAGUGUUCUUUUACUGCAUGCUGAAGGCAUAUCGUCCAUCUAAUCACUCUUCUGGACAUCUGGAUCAUUUGAUGGAUUUUAGCCUGUUUUCUGUCAGUAAAUCUCCAUGCUCAAUCUUACCAUCGCUGCUUCUAUCAGAAUACUAAAGUUUACCAUUUUAACGAUCAGCGGAUUUGCUUACAACCAUGAGUGUUGAAAUUAGGAAAGAAUUUGUCUUUGAAGGCACAAUCACAAAGCUAACCAGUGCUCUCUUGGAAAGCUGUUUAUUCAGAUUCAACGUGCCUUAAACGGGCGACACAGAUUUUAAAAAAAUAAAAAGUACUUGUCUUUUUAGUUUAGGAGAAUUAAAGAGCGGCUAGAGAGAGAUUAUAAGGUGGGAUCAGGUGCUCUGUGUGUAGUCAGUGUUGUAUGGUCUAACAGCGAUGAGAGGUUUAAAAGGUGGAGGAGAGAUUGAGCCGAUAAAUGAGUCAGUAAAUGGUUCUUUCUGCCCGUCGAUCAGUGAAUGAAUGAACGGUAAAUAAAUCCAUCAAUCCAAAAGUUUGCAGCUCAGACCAAAUUCAGUGAAUGACUCAAUGUGAGAAAGGUAAAUUAAUUUAGUAAUGAAUAAAUCGUGAGUCAUUUUAUCAAAUACAUGAACACAUGAAUGAGUGAGCGACAUGAAGAGAUGAGCGACAAUUAGAAGCAAAUGACUCAGCAAAUAACUACCUCGAUCAGUCAGAAGAUGAGUUUGUGAAAGAAAAUAGAGGCAAUGAAUGAAAGGAUGAGACAGAGUGUUUGUGAAUGAGAGGAAAGGUGAAUGAAUAAGGCAGGCAGUCUUAAAAUAUGAAUAAAUGAAGUGGUUUAACGGUGCAGGGGGAUUUCAACAAUGAAUAAAUGAAGAUGUGAAAAAGCUUUGAGUUAUUUAUUCAACAGAUAAGUUCAUUCAAAAUUGGGUAAUAUAAAUAAAUUCAUGUAAGCUUCAGGAAGGUAUAAUUCAAAACAACACAGAUGUAUCUUUUCCGUUAACACUGGUACACUGAGAUACCAGAGAGGGACUAAACACUCAUCUAAAUAGCAGUGCUUCUUUAGUACCUUCUGUCAUUUAUAAACUUAUACGCAAAAUGUUGAUUUUUUAUAACCGAAAGUGUCCUCUAAUGAGAAUGAGAUCUUUCUAGACAUGUAAGGCUUCUUUGUGGUGCAGUGUGUCAGCAUGCGAGGAAAGACACAUUAUUAGUUAUCUCAGGGUUUGCCUCUGUGUUUCCUGCCAGUUAAUUGGAGCCCUCCCAUGUGUCUCAGGCUGAAAAAACUGCGUGUUUGUGGUUAAAAAUAGGUUAGCAUUUCCUGCUGUGCCAGGGAUGGGAAUUGUUUCAAAAGACCCCACCUCGAUUCUCCUUGUGAAAUCUUACAGUAGCUGAUUCAUCUAACUCACUGCGACAAUGGGUAAAUGAGAACUAAAUGCAUAAAGUGCUGAAAUAUUUAAAAACAGGAGGUCACUCUUUAACCCAUUGUUUGGAAAAUGAACAUUUCUCAUGUCUUGCAGUGUUUCUCACAGUAUAUUCAGUGGUGGCCAUGUCUCCAUUGGCGCACAUAGUGGACAAACUAAGUUAUGCACAUGUUUUUGUAUUUAGUGAGUGGCUACCUGAAUGCACUGGCUUGUGGAUGCAAAAAAAGAGUGGCUGUUGUUUUCAUUCAAGAUAAUUUGUGUUAAAAUUGUUAGUUUGUUGACAAAAAAAGGAGUUUGCUUUAAUUUACUGCAGAAGCUUCUUGUCCUUAAAGGCCACUGUCUCUUCACUGAUGGGAGCGAUGAGCAAGGGAGAAAUUCAACCUUGAAUCUGACCACCAGGUAUCUCUAAAGCAUGCAUAUACUGUGCAAGCAAACAUACAUAAUACAGAUACCCUUUAUAUUUGCUCAAGACAAAGUGAGAUGGUGAUGUAGUGAUUUAUAACUACAUUAAGUUUCCAAACUUCACCGGCUGAGGUCUAAACAUGCACACUUCAACCCAAAUCUGACCCAAAUACAGGAACUAAAAUUCAGUUUCACAGAAAUGACCAAUCUCAGCGUGAAUAAUCUUGUUUCAUAGUGUAGGUUAUGAGGAGGCACUGGUCCAAGAGACACUUUCAAAAUCAGUGAAAAACUCCCCAUAAUGCCUUUAAUAUCAACCAAGUGACCAAUGGUGCAUAACCCUCAUACCUACAAAAGUUCUCAUCAUCCCGCCCUUCAAUCUCAUCUCAAUUCUGAUUAAAUUUGCUUUUAAUUAUAAACGUUCUUUGAUAUUUCCUGAAGUGACAGAUCCGUCCUCUGCUCUGUCAGAGAUAACGCUAGCCUUGAAGUCUGAAAUAAAUCCAUCCAUGCAUCAGAACCACAAGUAAACCCACCGCCUUAUACUUCAGUGUCAAGUUUAAUCAUCGGACCCCUUCUCAUUAAGAGUUGCUGCUGUAGGAAUCUGCUGCAGGAUGCAACAACCAGAGACCAGUUUCAUAGGACUUGGUUCCCCUCUUGAAAUCGAACAAACCUCUGCUGAUUGUAAUGAACUUAAAAGCUUCUUAAUUUAAUCACUGGUUAUUGUUACUUGAGGAGGCUAUACAUGUGUCCUCCAUGUAUAAAAAUUGCAGUAGCAGUAUAUAAAAUUCUGUUGCUUUAUGCACCGACAUGAUAAAAUAUGAUCCACCAAGUCCAAUUUGAAUCAUCUGUGUCAAACACUAAAAUAAUACCACAAACAAGAACUGCUCUGCUUUGCUGUUUUAAUCUCUUUUUAACCGUUUAAUGUGUUGCUAUCUGUUUUCUAAGUCAGAUUAUCAGCAUGUCGAAAUACGAAAUUGAUAUCCUGUAAAUGUUUUCUGCUUCUCCUUUGUUGCUUAAAGACGUUCAUUUGACUUUAACGGAGAUCAUUGAAGCUUUAAUUAUAUCAACAGAAACAAGCGCCAUGGAAAUCUUGAAAUGACAAGUAAAGUGUGUUUAGAUGACUCAGCUAGUUUUAGAGACGUCCAGAGUUGGCGGUGAGUGUACUCGUUUGAUUUACUUUUUGUCUGUUUUUGACAGAUUUCACUCCUGUGCAGGACAGACUCUUCUCUCUCUCUCUGUCAGACUUGAUCAAGCACCUCCAUGUGAUGCUCUUCCUCGGUUGCAUUGUCCUGCAUUAUGUUGAAAAUACUCUCCCAAAGGAUGGGGCGGAGGGCACCAUAAGUCAUAAAAAAGAAGUCUGUGUUUGGGGAAAACGUAAUCAUUGCCAUGGCAACAAGGAGUGGAAUCUCUGAUAGAGGCUGUUUGUCUAUGGAAAACACAAUCCUCAGUGUGUUUUCCUGGUGCGGCCAUGUGUUUGAGCUUGGUUUGUGCAAGUCUUAUGAAAAAAAAAAAGCAUCUGUGUGUGGACUUCUGUACUUUCUGUAAUUCUGUGCUUUUUUUUUCCGUGUCUCACCCUCAGUUUGGAAAAUGUGUGUUUUUGGAGGGUUUUUCCAAACAGAGCACCGGCACAUUGGAGGGCUUCAAAAAAAAAAAAAAAAACAACUCUAUGAAUAACUUUUUUAUGUGACUCAAUCUGGUGCACAUUCUGGAAAGAAAUUCAACAGCUAAACAGCCUAAAAGGAGCCUCAUGAUAUCAGUAACAGUUCAGGGUCUGGGCUGUCGUGCUACAUGCUGUUUUUAAGAGGCUGUCUGUAACAGCUGGGGAGCAGGGUUUAAUCCACAGAACAGUGGGGCUGAAUUAUGCAUUAUACUGUGAAUAUUACACCGUGUCUGUUUGAAUGCACCGCUUGUCCUGUCUUCUCAGUGUUUGCUGUUUCUGCAGCUACUCAGCUGUGGAUGCCACACAGAGAGAGAGAGAGAGAGGGAGAGCUGCUCCUGUUUUAUAUGCAGAGUUUUCUCGGUGCUUCAAUCCUCGGUUUCUACUGUAUGUUUUUAAUGAUGUGCUGCAAUCUUUAACUGUUUCACUCCUUCACAGGCAGUGCUUUUUUGGGAGGGGGCUUCAGAGCUCUAUUCCUUCUCUACUACAGCUCUCUCUAGGUUUGUGAGCUCUUCGCAGUCUAUCUUAUGACAGAUGACUCCCUGCCAAGUAAACAUCAGAAAAUAGGCUUGUCUUUUCCCAGCCAUCUUAACCCUCGCCUUUUUUUACACUGCAGCCCACAUAUGAAUCUCAAAAUAUAGCAAUGGCUCUCCUCUUAAUAGAGAAAGUGUGUUUUUAAUCCCACUUCAAAUGUGUACAGUAUAUUUUUAGAUUCAGCCCAUGUUGCCAUUGCUGUACUUUACAGCUUGCAAUUAGCAUCAUGUCAGUGCUGAACCUCUAAGCGCAAUAAUACCACAACCUGAACCUUAUCUAGCCGCAGCAGGUCUUCAAUAGGAUUCCUGAACCCUUUCUGCCUAAAUCAAACAGAGACUUAAGACACUCCACACAACAACACUAAUAACACUAUGAAACUGAAUUAAAUUCUGUGGAUGCACGAUUUGAAUUUCUUUGAACCAAUACCAAAAAACAAUUAUUACCUGCUACUGACGGCUGUUACUUUUAAGACUGAUGUGUAUUUUUUUUUGAUCACUUUGGUGUUUCAUAAUAAGUUCAUGAUGUGUACUUUAUGCAGCUAUAAGGAAGAGGGAGAAUGGAUAUACUGGUAUACAUUUAACCACUGACUUAGAUCACUAUCAGUUUUAAAGGUGUGGUACUCAGGAAUCUGUUAAAGAUGCGUCUUUUUUUGGGGUGCAAACACAAAAAAGCUUUUAAUAUCACUCAAUAGCUAUUGGUUAUUGAUGAAAUUAGGGAAUAUAAUGAUAUCACUGUGUUUUGUUAUGUCUGUGUAGUCAACAUUUUAAAAUUUAAGAGUGGGCCGCUCAUUCUGACUGUAAACAAAGCCGUUCUCCACCUCCCUGACCUGAUUGGUUGUAAGACGGACGCUGCUCCUUAGUGCUAAAUGGUUGUGAGGCUGCUUCCUCGUGUUGUGAGGCACGCUCCAAGAAUAACUUUCACGAGCCCAAACAAAGUUAGCGUGCUACAAUAUGGGACAGUAGAAACCAACCAGAAAGUACAGAAAAUUGUCUGAAUACUCCUUAGGCCACGACUGCCAACACAAGCAAGAAAACAAAGUAAAUAUCGGAGACUCUGGCAGAAUAACUGGCGCUAAAAAAGGAGGUAGACCAUCCAGACAAGGGCUAAGAAGCCAGGUCAACAUAAAACGAUGGGGGACACUUCGGGAUCUUACGGACCCUGUAACCUUUCUGCUUUAACGAAGUAGGCAAAGUGUCUUUAAGAGAAGUGUUUUUUGUCAAGCUGGACUUGCUGCAUGUUGUAGCACCACUAAACUGUUUAUCGUGGGUUGACUGGGCUCCAUUCGUAAUUAACUAUUAUCUGCUUUAUAUCUGAAUUUAAUUAAAAUGAUACAAGCGAGCAGAAGCCUUAGUUUGUGGGCGGAGCUUGCUGGAGCAGAGAGGGAGGGGAGAGGAGGAGCUGAGAGGGAAAAUUGGUUGGGAGGGGUAGAGUUUACACUCAAGAUUACAAGAUUUCCUCCAAAAACUACCACUUCCGCAGAUCCUGACAACCCCACCUUUAACUCUUCGACUAUUAUUCACUUUUGACACCAUACUUCUUUGUAGCCUUGGCCUCAAUGCAUGCAUUGUCUCUAAACAUAACAUGCGCCCUCUCCUUUGCAAUGCUCCCUCACCCACAGCAUGGUUUUAAAGAAUCUGUGGUAAAACUUAUGUGACUUAUAGUCAAUCAGAGUGUGAAUGUGUGGGGAAAACACAUCAAACAAGGCAGGGAUCAGUCCAGAACGCAGCAACAAAUAGAGCACACCUGAGUCCCAAAUGUGUGAUUAGUCAGCAUCAACGCUCUGAUUUCUACCACAGAGAACUUGUUUUUUUGUGGUGCUACAGCCUUAUCAACAUCUCUGUGCUGUGGUAAUGACAAGUUUUCAGGUGACUCAUGAGACUCAUUGUAUUAAAAUCUGAAACCUUCCACCUCUACUAGUACUUGUUUUAUGAAUCACAUCUGUAUCCUCCUCCUUCUUAAAAACAGUGUAAACACCAACAUGGCCAUGUUGACUGUUGUGUUAGUUUGCUUGGCUGUCCUUGUUCUACUGCUCUGUGAUCGCUGGUUGACAACAUAAUGCCACCUACAGUGUGGAAAUGUGUAGGCUUGUUAACAACUCCACAAAAGCCAUAUUUUCUCUGUUUGUUUGAGACAUAUAAUUGGAUAAUCAGAAUAUCAAAUUAAUGAAAUAUUUCCAUUAACAUCCAAUAAUUGAUCAGACAUAUAUUGUGCAUCCCUGUUUCUUUUUCACACUAUGUACAGUAAAUUUAUUUGCACAGUGUCAAAAUUACAAAUAGAGUUUUCUCAGGAACUCAAGCAACCCAAAACAGAGGUUCUCAAGGAAUUAGCAAAAUAAGAGAAAUACCACUUAAAGCAGCUGGUUAGUGAAAACUUGGAUUGUAGGUGUCUUUGUGUUUGUGUUUCAUCCGAGCAUGAUGGGACUGAGGAAAAACUGCACUGGGCAGUGCUACUAAUGUGUUGUGUCUACCUGUCACCUGAUCUAGCUCAGGUUUCUGUCACUCACAGGGCAGUGAGACCCAGAAUUAAUCUAGCAGUUGCCUUCGCAAGUUCUGCCAUGUCUUUUGUAUAUAUUCUGUGUAUAAAGGAGUUGUUUACAGCUUUUGCUCUCCCUUUAAAGGUGUCCUCCAAGAUAAGGCAUAGUCAGGUUUGUGACUAUUUACAUUCAUGGCAUGGAUGACUGUGUAUGCAAAGGCAAUUUUAGAAAGCAAGUAUACCACCAGCCUUUGUCUCACUUAAAUCGACGCCAUCUUUGGCCUUAAUUUCUCUGUCAGCUCCAAUUACUCUCUCUGGCAUGGUGCAGGUUUGUCUUGUCUCCUCUCAUGCAAACCAGACACGUACUUUUCACAGUACUCAAUAACCUCGAUUUGGAUCAUCGCACAGUUUACAUCCUUUUAGCAUAUAGCUUGUAACUACUCAUGAUAAUUACUUUAUUUUGUAUCCACCUCCUACCCCGUUGAUAAGCAUUAGCGCUCACAUAUCUGAUCAUUUGUAACACUUGCCAGCUGCUGUCACUCAGCCUGCCCACUUCACUCCCACAUGGUGAGGUUUGAUUACAGGUACAGAGAAAGCAGACAGCAAAGAGUGUGUUUGUGAAAAGAUGUUUAUCCAAAAAAGUAUCAAGUCACUAAUCACGUUUAUCAAGCGAGGCAGAAGCUAGCCGGUUCAGUCAAAUGAUAUGAUUAUGGAAGUAAGAAUACAUAAUUAUUUUGAAGCCAAAGACGAAUAUAAAAACACUUCACUGGAAUGUUUUCAUGGGGGACUUCUGCUGCUACAAUCCUGAGGUUGAAGUGGUUAUCCUGCUCAAACUAUAAUUUUCACACUCUGCUUUGAGAGCCUCUCUCAUAAGUCCCCAGACCCCAUUAAAGUGCAAACACAAACACACACACACAGACAGACACAGACACACAAGCAGCAAGAGAUGGGGACAAAGAAACAACAAAUGAGGCCCAUAGCACUUACUGGAUGUGCUGUUUAAGACCGAAUAUGCAGGAAAAAAGCUUAAUAAGAUGCUCCACAGCUAAAAAUGUGCAAUUUGACUCCCAUGGUAUGAAAUGUCGGCUGUCUCACAACAAAAAAACUAAAAAAAGAUUAGUCUUAAGUCGCAGUCUCCAGUUAUGCACGUGCCUGCUUCACAGUGAACUUGGCUCAUUUAACAAAAAUGUUGAAAUGGCUGCAGGAAACCUCUGACUCUGAUCAGAUCUCAGACAUUCUCAUUUUCUGCUAUUUAGCUGCAGGAAACGUCUCUUAAUCAGAUCACUUCUGCCUACAGCUGAUUUACAAACCUUUUUACCUUUUCCAGCUUAGACUGCUUUAAUGCCCUUUAUACCAGUUAUCAGUCUGAUCUGAAAAUGUGACACGCACUAGAAGAUACAGCCGUGACUAAACAAAUACGAUCAUUUCUACUCCCACAGGCUGCCUAUGUAAUCCUGUAUUGAUUUCCAUAUUUUAUGAUCACUUCCAAAGCUUCAAAUGGCCUCACCGCAAAUUACAUAACACAUCUACUGACUCGCUCUGUGCCUGUGUCCUCCUCAGUGAUCCUAAAUCCCAGUUUGUGACUAAAUGAAGACGGGUGUUGCUGUUUUGUUUUGUUCAGGUGAAUCUUCCUGUUGAAAUCUGUCAUUAGCAUCUUUAAAUCUCUUCUUCAAACUUUCCCUUAUAGUUUGAAACUUCCUAAUUUAAGUGGCUUUCUUUUGUAUUUUUAUACCUCCUCAUAAGAUGCAACUGUUAUAAUGAUCACUGUAAAGUUUUGUCUAAUUUUUAUUAGAUGUUUUUCUUAGUGAUUAAGAAAACUGCUAUUAAAGUUUAUUUUAUUCUGCCAUCAGAACAAAGUGGCACAGUGUACAUUCUUAAGCAAGUAUCCUCAUUUUCUCGACUGAAUAAUACUGAACAAUUUCACUUUAUUUUAAAAUCAUCUACAUUGUUUUUUUCUGCUUAUCAGACCAGGAUUCAGGAGGUCAGUAUGCUUGGGAUCAAAGGAUAAUUUAGUUUAAUUUUAACCAAUGAGGAAAAAUCUGUGGUCAUGAGUACAACCAUUCUGGUUAUUGAAAGUAAACGUGCUGGUUGCACUGUAAGAGGUCGAUUUUUUGGAGUAAAAACCCUGCUAAACAAAGGAGAAGUAGAUGUAGUACAGUGAAAGUGCUAAUCCAGGAGUGGGUAUGUUUGCAAUGUUGAUUUUCUGGAGCAUUAAUCUGCACUAACGCUAAAAAAUAGAACAGGGAAGUCCGCUAACUGCUUAAUCAAAAAGAAUAAGAAGCUCAUGAUUGUUCACUGACUGUGAAGCCAAACGAUUAAGAGCUCCCCCUGCUGACCGGCUGUGGAAUAAUUCAUAAAAGCUUACCUCCCUCAGGCUAACAGGCAUUGGUCAAACUAUGAAAUCAAAACGCAGUUUCUCCAUUUGAGUUAGUUACUAUUGUUCUAAUUUAUUUCUUAAAGAUUAUUUUUCAGUGGAGUAUAAUUUUAACUAGUUAUCUGAUUUUAAAAAAGUAGACUGAUUGACAGCUCUGUUGACAAAUGCGACUCCUGCAACGCUAUAGACUCAAAAUGAAGAUGUCUGUCCAAAGUUACAAUUUAAAGUACUUCAAAAAUUACAAUAAAAAUCCUGUAUAUCGUUGAACACUCAGAGUACAACUAUUUGCAGUGUUUUUUGACAGUUAGGCUAAAGGUUUCUAGCCAAGUUAGUUGACUUCAUUUUAAGUGUUGUCUCCCACUAAGCAAAUAUCAGAUUUGCUUCAGAGUCUAAAUUACUUGAUUGGUUUUUACACUAACUUAUCAAUCACCAUCUAUGUGGUUCUUGAUUUAUGAAGCCAAGUAAAGAAUAGCAGAUUCCAAUUUUUUUUCUUUACUCCAAAAAACUUACCAGUGAAUCUUAAAAGUAGUCAACAGAUUGCUCCAAAAUUAAUUGUGAAUUACAAAUCAAUAUCUCUAUAAUGAUACUAAAGACACACACAAAAAAAUCACAGAAGUUUGAGUCAUGUCAGCCAGUACUAACUCAACAUAAGACUCUCCAGCCAAGUCCCUAAAGGUCUCCUUUUCAUUUAAACUUUGGAAACCCUGAGCUUAAGAGAUGAGUUUUUAAGAGAAGUCUCCACGGAAAGAUUCACUUUUGAGUCCAGAAUGAGACUUAAUGACAGUCCGGGAAGCUGGCCCAUAAUCAAUCCACUAAUCAUGCUUACCUUUAUACCAAAGCAAUUAACCUCAAGUAUCUAAUCAGGCAAUAUUGGAGCACAAAGGAAAAGACCUUUUUCAGUUGUCCUCAUCAGCUGCUCUCACAGCUCGUCUUUUUCUUCCACCUCUUUCACCUUUUCUUUUUUGUUAAUUAAGUCCAAAUGUUUGAAUCUGCUGUCCGAACCAGACGCCAGCAAUUCCUCCUUUUCUGUUUCCAAAAGAAAAUUACCAUCUUCAUUUUUUCCCCUGAUAUUCAGAGUAUGAAACCAGAAACUGGUUCAUUAUGUAUUUAGAUAACAAAAGUAUGGACAAAGAGGAAAAGACUGCUAUGAAACAAAACCAUGCGCUGUCAUUAUGCUUAAAAUCCUCAAAAUGGGAAGAUAUUCAUCUUGUUGAAUAAGAUGAUAGUUUUGAUAGGGACAAUCUCAACACCUAUAUAUCCUGUUGUCACCAAAAUUAAUGUGUGUAAAGCUUUGAAAAGUUGAACCCCAAUUUUUUAUCCACAUUUAUAAGUUUUAGCCCAUAAAUUUUAGCUGUUUAUUACUUUCAGCUAACCUGUAUUGAAGAGGAAGCCUCACACAUGUCCAACUUUAUAAGAAGCCUUUCUUCUUAGCCUUCUUCUUUCUCGGCCUUUCUUCACUUCGCCAUGUUUUCUGAAAAACACAAUAUUACAAAAGCUUAGUGUGGCUGUCCUUUCUUGUUUUCACAAAAAUAUGAAGUCAAUUUACAAAAAAACACCAACUUAAGAAGGCAAAAAUCUACUUUAAACCAGCAUAAAUAACUGCAGUUCAUUUAAUGACCACUUGAGGCUUCUCUAAAAAGCAAGUCACUCAAUUUGGACUAUUUUGUUAAAAAUUCCUGAUUUAAAAAUAGGAAUUAAACCUUAUUAGCCUGCUGCACUACACUGUUUUGAGACUAGCAUGACAUUGGCCAAAGUGCCAGUCCUGACAAUGCAAAAGAGAAAGUCACAAGCCAAGGUGAUGUAGAAGUAGAUAAGUCAAAAUUUUGCAUAAAAGCCUAUCCUGAGGUCCCUUGAACGAGUAAGGGGAUGCUGAAUAUUUAGACAAUUAAAGGCAGGUCUCAUUUACAAGCUCAGUAGCAGUAAUUACAGGUUCAAUAUAGCUGCAGGAGAGAGAGAUCACAACAGAGAAAGGAGAAUAAAAACAAAACCAAGCUGGAUUAUUACUGUCAUUACUGCUAUAUGAGAUGCAUCAUUUCCUUGUGAGGCCACAUUGUGCAUGACAGCAGUCUGAAUCUUGCAUGAGACUGACACACUUUGCUGCUAACAAUAAACACUCCUAUACAGACUGGUUAAAAAAUGCAGCGGCUCAAUGAUAAACAAAUCUCAUUGAUGAGAAGAAAGCAAACUGGAUUUUUAUAUCCAAAACCAAAGAUUUUUCUUGGGUUUGCACUGACAAAAGCAUUAACAGAGUCGCUGGUUGUUGUUUAUUAUUGCCAAACUGAUUGAAUCUAUACCAUUAUAUUACAGUGGCCUGGAUUAAUGCUGAUGCAGGUGUUCAUUCAGGCAUUCAGAGUUCCCCCAAGGAGUGGAAGCAAUUAUUGAGUCUACAGUAGAGAAAGAAACAAAGGUAUUAUAAGAAGGAGGAGAGGUUGUGGAAAAAAACAACCCAUAACAUUCAAAUGAAAAAAAAAGAAGAUCCACAAUAAAACAGUUCAAAAGAGAUAGAGCUGUUUGUGAAGUGCCGUAUCUCCCUCAACAUAUGAAAGGUGCACAAUGAUUUAAGUGCAAAUACAGUAUGUGCUCUGCGCACAGAGAGACACUUUUUUAAAACAUAAAAGGAUUAUGUGAAGACAGUGCAACAGAAACAGCCAGCAGUUUGACAUUGAAGGAGCGUGAUGGAGAUACUGCAGGAUAAUUGACUGUCCUCUACUCUCAGAAAGUACACAGAGACCUGUUCCCAAGUGACGCGAUGAAACACCUUUACCUGAACUUUUGAGAGAAGAAAAUGUGAUCAUCAAAACGUGAUCUGUUAAAGCUGAAGCAUGUUUCAGACCUGGGAGCUCUAGGGUUUGUUUUGCCUUUCAAAAGCUGCACACUUUAUUUCCCAUAGUAUGUGUUAGUUAUGGAGAUGAGUGCUUCCCCUGUUCUGGGCAUGAGCAGAAUACUGAUGCUAACUUAAUGUGCAAAAAUAUGUACGGUGCAGUAAACAGCUUAAUUAUACAGACAUCGUUGUUAUGACUUUAAUGAGAGCUUAAUUGUCAACAGGAAGUGAUUAAAUCGAUGAGGUAAAAGAUCCUACAGUCCAUUGGUUACUCACACAGGGGGCGGGACCACACAAGGCGUCUAAAGAUUAAUUUCAGGGAUCAAAAAACUUGAACACCCGCCCCCCAACACACACAUACAUACAGAUUUAAACACUAAAACUAAUGAUAGGGGCCCUUAAAAGCAGCAUAAUGAUACAAGAUUCAUUUAUUUACCUUUGACUCAAAAUCUCUUAGUCCUCUAAGUCAUCACAAAUUGGAGACUUAACUCCAUUAACCCAUUUCAUAAGCUUAUAUCUAUUUGUAUUUAUACUGUUAAGCAGAUCUUUUAACUCCUGACAUGAGAAUAAGAUGAAUUUGUUUGUUGGUCUGGCAUAUGCAUUCAGUCCCACUUCUGUUGAGUCUGAUUUCUGCCCCUCUUGAUUCACAAACAGCUGCUUAACAACACAGGCAGGCUUGAGCAUCAUUAAGAAAUCCUUAUACAAACUAAGAAGGCUGCUGUCGGUAAUUGGUGAAAUUGUGGGCUACAUUAUGUACUCAAAGUGUUGGUUACAAAAUCUUACACUCAGAGCAAGAAUAUUACAUAUAAGUACCCUUCCUAUGGAUUGAGUGUUGCAUCUUGUCAUCUUGCCCAGCAGAUAGUGUCACUUGUUGAAGGUUAACCCAAACUGUAUCCAGCGUACCAUAAUUACUAGUUUUGAAACAUAUCAAUACUUUUAUUACUGUAGGCCUGAAAUGGCAGUUACAUGUUGAUCUAUACUGUUGAGCAGCCACCUACCACUACCCAGGGCUACACUUCUGGUCCAUGGAAACUGUGAAAAAAGCUGUGACACUCCACUACCUGGAUGUAAACAAGCACAGGUGAUAUAUGGCAUCUAUAACUCUGAAUCUAGAAUAUGGUACUAAAGUUGUAUAUAGGCUGUGUCUGGAAAUAUUUGUCUAUAACCACUUCACUUUACCAAUCAAACUUGUUUAGGCAAGUUGAUCAAAUUGAGUUCAAUUUUGGCUUUUUUCUCAGUGACUUACUAUAUAUAUAUAUAACCCUAGAAAACUAUCGCCGGGUGAUUUUCACCCGACCAGACAUGUUUAUGUGAUUUCCAUGAUGUUGCAUUUGUCUGAGUGUCAUGUGUCCCUGGGUAGCUUCAGCAUUGCCUUUGACAUCUUUGAAGGCAUAUUUGUUUCCCUGAUCCAAAACCUGCUUUUUCCAACAGGAACAUGUUCGGGUGAUUUUCACCCAGCAAUAGUGAUAGAGGGUAAAGUAGGUUUGGGUGGAUUUGAUAGCUGCAUGUAGGGAAUAAGGUCAGUAAAAGUGGUCCUGGAAUUUGCAUGCUAUCUUUAGUUAGCGCAGUGGUUCUGAAUAACUAUCACCAAGUAGUGAUCUUCAAGGCAAUUCAUAUGGUGAUAAGAAAUAUUUUAGUAAGCUGGUCAUUUUUACUCACUCAAAAUAUGCUAUAUUUUGGUUCUCUCUCCUGCAGCUGUUAUUGUGCCAAGGACCCUGAGUCUUCGCCAGGGGAGACUUAGGGUCCUUGGCACAAGGAAUUUUUUGUUCAUAAAUGCCUAAUUUUAGUUAUUUUGUUGCAUUUUAAUAUGGUCCCUUCAUGACACUUUUUUCCUGCCUUUGGACAUUGCACAGUUAAAGGUAAAAGAAAACUAAUUUAUUUGUCAUGUAUUGUCCCAUUUUGAUGACGAGUACUUUUUCUUGGGUAUAUUAUGUCUGGUAAAAAAUCACCCAGCAAUAAUGAUGGUGUUACUAAUUUUAGCGAUCGUGUUCUAGGGUUAAUAUAUAUUUAUAUUUCUCUUUAACUGAUCAGGUAAUUAAGUGCUCCUGAACACCCCCACAAACAAGAGAUUGCUGCAGCCCCUCAAUUUAUUUUCUACAAAAAAAUCUAUUUGGUUUUUCUCUUCUACAGGAUGAUACCUCACAUAAAAUAAGACCUGAUCUCUUUCAUAGCUUAAAAGUAGUCCAUUUAAUAUAUAAAUGCUUUUUGGUUGAAGUGCUCGCAGCCCUUGCCACCCCUUGCUCCACUUGUGCAGAGAGGUCAAAGUCUGGCCUUAUUAAAAGGUUCACAAGGCAACAAAGUUAAAAAUCCACAGCAGAAAUCAAUUACAAAUUAAUAAAACCCUUCUCCAGCAGGUUACAUAAGCUAGCAUGACCUCUAAUAUGCAAAAAAUAAACACUUCACUGAGUGCAUUUCACACGAGCACAGCCCUUGUAUCACUGUACUGGGGCCGGCUGUGGAUUAUUGCUUCAUUAUUCAUCUUUGCAAAUUGCCAAGUGCUGUUGAGGUGGGCUGAGUCAACCCAAACAGGUGAUCCAGGCCAAAGUGUGAGUCACUGCUCUCAUGUUCAUGCUGGGCAGCUUUACAGAUAUUUUAUGACUAAAUUAUGACAAGGUGCAGCUUUGCAAAGAAACUGUUAGACGAGAAGGCAGCCAUUUCCCUGUGUAUGUGGGUUUUUUUUAUGGAGGAGAACUGGAAAACAGGAAAGGUUGCUUUUUCUGCUCUGACCCAGUGAUAGAUUUGUCUGAUGUGUGACCAGAGUUUCCAGCUGGAGAGUAGAAACUCAUGGGUUUGCCAUCUGGGAGAGAGCCAGCUGUUGUGGGAAAGACUUGUGCAUGAGCUCUAAAUUUUGGAGAAAGGCUGCCAUGUUUCCCCUGAAGAUUUCCAUAUCUCAAGGUUUCUUCUAUUUUGCAUUUGCAGCAAACGGAGAGACAGAUGGACACAUUUUAAGUUAAGACUUCAGAAUGUGACAUUUAGGAAGAUUUUCUUGUAAAUGAGUAAAUGAAGAUUUGCUGGGAAGGCAUGAUUUAGGGCAGACAGGAGACGCUGUGGGAGAUGUGACAGACAAAUUAAUUCAGCAGUUUGACAAGUCACUGUGUUGUGGUUUCAAAAACAGAGCACACUGACAGAGAGUCGAAACGUGGCUACAAUGCCAAAGUAACCAUGGGAACAGUAGUUGUCAUCCAUUUCUAACCUCUCCUGGUUUACUGUACUGCAGAGGCUGAGUUUACUUUGGAUCCUACAGUUUGAUGUUCUGACUCAUGUGGGUCAUUUCAAAUGCAACACAAUCAUCUUUUGCUUUUCAACAUUUUUAAACAACUACAACUGUGGAAAAGAUGCUGUUUCUAAACCACUAAGUGGACAAUUUUAGCGGUUUAUUUCUGCAUAAACUAGAUCUGUUGAAUCAACAGUUGUUUUUGCUAAUAGCUAGUAAUUAUCUGGAAGUCAGUCAGACGUGUAGUGUCGUAAAACGCUCAGAGAGAAGAGUUUAUAGACACUCGGGCCAAUGCACUCCUGCCCUUGUUGUCUCAAGCGUUCUUCCUCAACAUUUUUUUUUUAAAUUGAGAAGCUACUUCUCUCUAAAAAUGCCUGUGCGUGACUCUGGCAGCAGAUGUUGAGUGGGCAGUAAUGUGAUGUCUGGUCUCAUAAAGCUCUCUGUAGGCCCAGAAGCCUGAGACAUUAGUUACAAGGGGGCAAAAGGGCAAAACAAUCAAAUUAUAUUUAGGCACCGCUCUGCAAUAGCGCUCAUUUAAUUACAAGGUGAGCAAUACAUCAAAGUCUGGCUGUGGCACUCAGGUGAUAUAUUGGUUGGAAACAGGUCUACAAUGCAAAUUCAUGAGUAAAACCACAGGCAGUCUAAGAGACAGAAUUAACAUGCUGUCUUUGCUGCAUAUGAUGAUUUUUUUUUCUCAAUCACUGUGAAAGUGAUCAGAUGUGGGUGAACAUGAUUUCCACCCCUGCAGUUACAUGGAUGUAAACACAACUUCAAUCACUCCAACUCCUCCAGACCAUCACAUUUGGCAGUAUUCACAGGUAGGACGAUGGUUGUGGUUUGUUUUUGUGAAGCUUCUUUGGCAAUUCAUGGAGGUAGGCUGACAGCAGCUCUGUGUGUGUAUGAGAGGAGACACAUGGUUGUCCGUCCUCCCUGCACCAACAGAUGGGUGGGCAGAGACAGAGAGAAUGAAUAUCAGUCCAACUAAACUGUUAUCUGUAGAUUAAAAGUUAAUUGAUUCAAAAUCUAGAGAAAAUGUUCCCUGUUAUCUUGUCAUCAUCAGAUAAUUAACUUGUCAAAAUGAUCAAACAUUCAUGUUGAUCACAGUCAUUACUCAUGUUUAUCAGAUUUUAUCUUGACAACAGUGACUGAUUUGAGCUGAUAAUGCUGGGUGAGCUUAAUAAUGUUGCAGCAUUGGUUCCAGUCAAACUCUCAGUUCUGGCUGAAACAAAAUCAUGUGAGCUUCGAUGUAGCUGAAGUAGACUUAACUACAUAUCACUCCCUUAGUCUACUGUCUGGUGAUGUUUACGUUUUCUUGUGAUAUGUCAAUUAACUCAAAUAUGUACCCUCUGUUUUCUGGAGAUGCCAAAACAAUUUACCCUGUAAUUAUGAGAAACUGAAUGGUGUCAUCUCAAAUCAAAUCGUUUAAUUGUAAUACAAAGAUCACAUUCUUAAUUGCAGAGUCGCUUGGUAGCCAUGGUGACCAAAACAUGACUUUUCCUACACCUUGCUACUCCUCAAUUCCAAGUCUUUAAUUUUCUUGCUUUCCUUUUUUUAAUCACUAAAUAUGAUCAUCAAAAAAAUUGAUUGUUAAAGUAGCAUUGCUGAUCAGUUUCAACCACAGGCUGGAUUACAGAACACUGAGGGAAACCAAAACUUUCUGAGCACCCCCUGGUGACACGUGACAGUAUAGGUCUUAAAGCCCAUUCCCUCUAUUAAAGCAGGAACCUGGGUAAGACUACAUAAUUAAGAGAAAUGUCAAAUACAUUUCUUAAACAUCAUUUUUGUCAUUUUAGUUUGUUGUUGUCAUGCUGAUUUAUGUGAAGGUGUUCCUUUUUUAAAGAGGUGUACUUUUAAUAAGUUAUUUAAUGUUAAAAAGAUGGUUGAUUGACAGCUCUGUUGACAAAUAUGGGCUCCUGCAGGGUUUUAGCAGAGUAGAAGAGGACAGGCGGGAGAGGACAUAACAAAUACUGACAUAAAUGUCAAUGACUUUCCAAAACAGAGAGUGUGUCUGCAUCAGAUCAGCACAAGAAUCUGGUCUGAUGUGGACUGAACCAGCCUGAGGGGUCUUUGACGUUUUAUUGGUAAGUUCAAUGCAAAAGCAGAAGUGUUGUGACAUCCUCAUCAGCCAGAUCACUUCAGCCCAUGCCACGGCUUCACCAGUGCAAUAUGUCGGUGCCAAUUCUGGCAGUAUUCUAGCUGGGAGGAGAUGGAGACGAGAUGCUCUUGUUGAUAUACAGCCAGUGGUUGUAAAAGCAUUGAGUAUGCAAAGACACAAAAAAUCCUCCACCCGAACAAAGGUCGAUUUUUCAGUUUUGUAGGAACUGAUUGAAUCAGGACCACACAGGGAAAAACAAAAAAAGUGUUACUGUGAUUUAUCUACUUAUUAUUGUAUAUAUCAUCAUUAAGGUGCCUUAAUAAGACAUAAAUAUUAAAAACCAAUUAAUGCUGAUAUUUCAAUCACACAUUUUUACAUCCAAUCACAUGCUAAAGUAAUAAGGCAUAUUCGUCUCUCGCCUGCAGGUUCCAGGCUGUCGGCCAUGUUGAAUAAAUCAAACUGAUCGCACAGGCUGUUGAUAAACAUGCUGUUCAGCAGCUGUUUUCAAUCUCAUUACUUGUUCCCACUGUAUCGGCCACACCUCUGAAAAAAUACAAUAAAGUCUACGUUCAAAGUAACACAGUUUCAUUCAGCAAGAAGGGCAGCAGAUGCUGCUCUGUUCAGAGAGAAUUGAUCAAAUUCUGAACAGGAAUAGGAUUAAAAAAUUAAGUAUUGAACAGGGACGGAGUCCAACAUCUAAUUAAUACAACAAAUCAUCUGAAGAGGAGACAUGAAAAUCACAUAAGACUUUAUGACGUGGUUUAAAACAUGAGGAGAGAAUAUCAAUGCAGCCUGAGCAUGUUUGCUACAAACUGAUACAGAAAACAGGUCUCCAACCAAUAACUGAGUGAUAGGUAAGCUUAUUUUAAAAGGCAACGUGAGCCAGACUUGAAAUCUGCUCUGCCAAAUUUAAUACGAAAAUAAUCUACAGACUUAAAUUCACAGACUACUUAUUUCUCAUUAAAAUAAUGGUCUACCAGCAUCUUUGUGUCCCAGAAUGACAAUCAUCACCCAUCGAUGUUUGAUGAAGUUUUACAAACAUGCGUCAGACUGGAUGCUGACUUUCAGUGAUUUUGGUGCAGCCAGCUGUUACAUUUAAAUGACUUCCAGUAUAGACUUCCUUCCCUGUCAAGUUAACAGCUGCAUUUCUUGGUCUAGUCCAUCCCUUACAUUAGCACUCAUCCAUAUGACGAAGCAACCAUCACAACACUACACUGAUGGAUGUAAACAAGCACAGAUGAUUGCAUCUUGAAACACAGUUUGGCAGGUUUUGCAUUUAGAAACCAGCAAUAAAGUUGUAUGGGGGCCGUGUCUGGUUAAAAUGAUAUAUAAUAAGCAUAAUAAGCAGACAUGCAGAGUUUUACUCACAAAAAGAGUGAAGCUCUGUUGAGGAUAGACGCAUGUGGCAAAACCAUUCACCGUCAUUAUCGCAGACUCUGUGCUCCUGCAAUAAGCCCUGUCAAAGAAAUUGCGCCCAAUUUUAACUGUUUUACCAGUUAUCCUACCUUAAAACUAGUUUGUUUGUCAGGAUUUAAAUGUCUGUCUUAACAAUAAGGAAAGUAGUCUCCUUGGAGAAUCCCUAAAUAACACUGUUUAGACCACAAACAUACAACAAACAGGGAACAGACCACUUCCAAUGCUGAAAACACAGACUCUUGGGUAGAGACUAUGUUUCAUGUAGAAUCUGUAGAUAGACAUUAGCAUCUUGGUGGCACAUCUGGGAAAUCAGAGGGAUUACAGCUAAAGAGCAAACCUCAAAAUGUCAAUAAAAUACAUGCUGAUGGAGAAAUUAAAGUAAAUUAAUCCAUGCUCAUCCGUGCAUGUUGUGCCAUACACAUAUUUUCACAGCUACAAUCAACCAUACAAAGUUGGCAAUGCAAAGUGUGAAAUACCUCAAAACAGCUGACACUAUAGCUUUUUCUGUUUGCAAGCAGAGUGGCUCUUUCUUUAUGCCUACAAGCGAAAUUGCUGCCUUGCGUGCUGCUGUCACAUUACAGAUAAAGCUCAUGUAGAUAUAAAUAUAGAACUUAACUAGGACAGCGUAGGGAUGGCUCCAUUGUCAUUCAGACCCAGUCCAACUUAAUUCUCCAUAAUAUUGAAUAACUUAAUUGGAUUUUGCCUCCCUUCAACAAGGAAAGGUUGCAGUCUUCAACACGACCAUCAAGCACAUGUAAGUUGAGAGCCUUUUAGUGUCAGAAAUUAUGUUUAUCCAGAGGUAGUUUAAGAUGUGAUAUCUCGCCCUGUACAUAGAUGUACACAUGCUUUUUGGACAUUUUCAGCCACAGCAUUGUUUUUCACUUAGAUUUAUUUUUUAUCCAAACGCUGUUGAUUUGAUAUUGUUGCAAAAUAUAGGGAUCCAUCUAAUGCCACACCAUUUUUAAGACUUAAAAUCAAAUUACCUACACACAUUUCCUAUGGGUCAGUUGAGCAGAACCAGUUUUAGUUUGUAAUUUGGAUUGUAAAUUGGGGAAUGGAUUGCCAGCAGCUACCAUUAUCAAGGGAAACAACGUGGUAAUUUUUGUGCUCGGCUGCACAACUGGCAGGCAUCUACAUCUGCUGUUGGUAAGUGAUUGUAGGCGUUUCAUUAAGUCACUGUUGAGGAGCACAUGUGAGAAAAGCCUGCGGGGGCACGAGAUGGAGGAGGCUGGUCUGGAGGUGGUGCGAUGUGACUGACAGGAAUGAGCAAAGACAACAACGGUUUCCAUUUGUGGAUAACAGCUCCGAGCUUUUGUUAACACUAAUUACAAAAUUGUGCUCAAUGUAGCAAGACUGCAGUUAGAAAUCUAUAUGCGGAGAAAACGUCGGAGAAAAUGUGAUGCUUCAUGUGAUGUAUAAGUGCUGUGAGAAAAGCUGUAUUCCUGCAUGAAGUCUACAACAUGCAGGUUCUUUGCAACUGUGAGUCCCCAGUUCAGUUUUUUUACUAUCCUGCCAGCUAAAGUUGAGCUCAUUAGAGGUGGCAUUUGUAUUUGUGAGUAUGAAUAGAAAGUGCAAGUGCAUUUGCUUGUGCUAUGGGACGAACCCUCUGCUGCUGAGACCUACAUCACCCCCUCUGCUGGUCAUUUGUUGUCUAAAAUGAGAAGUCUUAAAAUCAGCACGCCACAUGAUUUAUUUACCUAACACUUCACCACUGUUUUUUUUUUUUCAAAUACAUAAUUAUGGCCAGAUGAGGGAGAAAAGCUGUUAGAAAAUGAUGCUGCUAUACUUGUCUUCCUUGCUAUAUAUACAACAGCUUUGGCAGCAAAGCAGCUGCUGGCUUCUUCAAGUGCCAUCCUCUCUGCGGUAAUUUAACACUAAAAUAUCUCAGUCUAGAUGACAAAAAAGGCACUUGAUUAGAUAGUAUAUAAGCCUAAUGUGAGCUUAGUUUUGCAGGUAUUUGCUGUGUUGUACUGUAUACAUUUUGACUGGAUGAUGGAGCUGUUAAAAAUGUAUGGAUCACUGUAGUAAGUUAAAGUAUUUCUCUAACGGGUACGGUGAAUGUUGAAUCAGUGCAGACGUUUUUUAAGAUUUUGAGUCUGGACCAAAGUGGAAGGCUUGCUGACACUGACAACCCCUUGGGACAUGUCUUAUUGCUUAAAAUAUACCAGAGUUACAGUGUUGUAUAUGAGAUGUCUGAGUUUUCUUGUCCUGCAUUUACAGCUUAAAAAAGUCAGCAGACAAGAUGUGUUCCCAAGACUGCAGACAACCCUUACUUUGGCUUUUUUGACUCCAAACCAUUUGUUCUGUCAGUGAGUUGUGGGGCUAAAAGAUUAGAUAAGAGCUGCUGUCUGUUUACAUCAGUGUCACAGACAAGAAAAACAUCUUAACUUAUAGAUCACUUGGCUGCUGGCAUGGAAGUAAUUGGCAGUAACCCAGUUUUCAGCAGCUCCCACUGUCUCAUAUCAUACUAUGUUAAAAUGUAUACUGGUUAUGUAACCCCAUGAAUGAACAGUACAUUCAGGCAACAGCGGAGUCAUUUGAUACUCAAUGACUGAGAACAGCACAAACAGGGUAACUUUCAGUCAGGGUAACUUUCAGUCAGGUAGGGCUGUUGCCUGGACGUCUUGCUGAGGGCAAAUCACAGCUACAUUUCAGCAUAAAUGAUGUCUCCUGACCCCCGCUUCCAUUUGUGUCUCACCUUUAAUUUACCAUGACAGUCUGACACAGUUUAAUGUGACUGGCUAGGCUGCACAUGUGCUUUCCAAACAGCACCUCACACCCUCAGACACCAAACGUAAACAAAUACAACACCUGAAGCUUGACUUGUCAUGCUGCCGCUAACACAUCUAAUGAGUAGUGUGGAAGACGGUAAGAAAACACUGACGGCAGAGCUCAAUUUAGAGCUUUGUAGAACGCAUUCUGCUUAAGUGAACAGCAACAGACGAGCAGAUGUGCGAGUUUUUUUUCCCACAGAAAAGUGCUGACAGAGAGCUUGGUGGCAGGCUUGAAAUAAGCACAGCGUGUGUUAUGUCCCCCGCGUACAUUGUGCUGCACAUACCGCCAUUCCUGGCCCGAAUAUUUAUAGUCCAUCUUGUGUUCAUCUGUGUAUGUUUGCACACGUGUGUGUGACUGGGAAAGCCAGUGUGGAUCUGAGAGCCCUGCAGGGGUGUGAGGCAAGAAGCAGCAAGAGGCAGAAAAUCCCUGCUGCCUUUGGAUUAGUGUCAGCAAGCAGGAAGCCAGGCAGCAUGCUACAUGUGCUUGUGCACUCUUCUAAAGCCAGUCUCUGCAGGAUUAUUUAAUUUAUUUUAUUAUUCUGUCAAACUUUGAAGCACAGUCUCCCCUGACUAAAAAACUACCUUUCUAUUACUUCAAAAUGCACUGGAACAAAACCCACCAGGAAUUGCAAUACAUCUACUUAUUAAUAUGAAUUGUACAUGAAUUACAGUGGUGGUAUUCACAGUGCUGCCAUAUUUCUAGAUGUACAGAGCAGAAUGAUUUUUAAGCUCCGUUAGUCCUGUAAAAGCAGCAGCCUUUGGUUUUAAACCUUCAUGAAAGGUCGGUAAACAUUUGUGUUUCUAUGCUGCCCACCAAAGAGCAGCACACGCACAGAUUUUGUGGGUCAUGAUCAUUCAUCAUGUGACCUCUUGUUCUCCAAGAAGUUGUACUGAUAACAAAUAAUGUCUGAAUACCCCUGCAGAAGGACGGUCAAAGUCGUGGCUUUUUAAAACACCAUCUAGAAAACCUCUGUUUCUUGGACAGCACUGAAGUACCUUUUGAAAAAACUGUAACAGGUAAAUCGCCUGUGAUCCUUUUCCUGCUUUGAUGUUGAUAGUUUGGAGCGCUUGCGACACACAGAUCAGAGGAAGAUUUAGGCGAGAGUAUUAACAAACACUUUGGUGUCAGAGAGGAUAUUCUCAAGGGAGCGAGAGCUUAAGUGCAAACUGUCAUAAUCAUGCGGCUUUAGUUAAAAUAAAAUUAAAGGCUGAAGGGUGAGCUGGCAGUUUUCUACCUGUAACAGACCCAAAGGAUUUUUUUUUGGAGGGAUUUUGUGCCAAGCUACAUAUCAAGGUGUAUGUGAAAUUAAAGCAGAGCCUAAAUGGCACAAUAAUUAUAUCACCGGCUUACAGCCAGUGGUCAUUGACAAAAAACUGUCCCUGUCUGCAGCAGUACAUCUUCAAGAAAAAUGGCUGACACUGUGUCCUACCAGAGCGUGAGGGCCAGACUAGCACAUUAAAUCAUGUUACCUCAAAUACUCCGUGUCCACAAUGAUGAGCUACCCGGGCAAAGGUCUUAUUUUUCAGGUGAGAACUAAGAAUCAGAGUGAAGACAAUACUGCUCGUAUAAGAAGAGGAAGGGUUUGAUGUUUCCUGAACUGUAAAUCACAAAUUGGGAGAGAGCAAGUAUGUUGUUUUAAGCAUCUUGAAGAAAAUAAAGUAGAAUACUUUGAGCUUCAGAUUUCUCCAAAGUCAGUUGCCAUAUUUAUUUAUAACUCAUCAUUUCCAAUUCAAAUAACAUAAAUACGAUUCAAUCUACAGUAGACAGAUCAAGAUAUUUCUGUCCCAUUUUCCACCAGGUAGAGAUACAUGUGUGGUCUUAUGUUACAUCCAGCUAUCUAUCAGUGUGGUAUUUUAAUCUUAAAGCAUGAUUGAAUGCAAACCAGCAUGGCUUCGUAGGUGUCGCUCACAGCUGAGACACUCAGCCCUGCAUGAAGUCUCCACCAGCUUGUUUUGGAGUGCACUGCACAACAGCUGCCACUGCUGACACGGGGAUUGUGAACUUAUUGCCAGAGCAUUACCUCAUCUUUGGGAACAAAGCUGACAGACAAGUGAACAGCUAAUGCGUAAAGACUGUGGAAGCUGGCACCUACCUGCUUACCAGCAACAUCUGUGCCUCCUCAGUGUGUGUUUUCUGACGCUGACCGAUCAUGACCCACUUGCAGCCCAAGCUGACACACAACCAUGUGGACAUGUUUAUUCUAUCAAUAAGAACAAGCAUGCUGAAAACUGGACGGUGUGAGUCUGGAAUUAAUUCUUAAGAUUCCCACAUUUGGUUGUUUAAGCCUUGCUCUUUGUGAUUCCCACAAAGAUUAUUUUUAUGAGCCUGCCCUAUAAACUGAUAUCUGACAUGUUAAACAAUUUUUAUUCCUCUUUUGCUUUGCACUAUACUGUCAAUUCUGUCCAUGACGUUGUUGUGAAAAACAUAUGAUUGAGGAAAAAAAGAAGUCCCAAAGAUCAAUCAUGGAGAGUACUUUAAAUCUGCAUCCCUGAUCUACAGGAAUCAGGAACAAAUAAUUUUUUUAUAAGCAUUUCUUUCAAUGGUGUGAACAAGCAAGUUUGUGUUUGGAAACAGGGGAGAGAGUGGGGAGUGACAUGCAGGAGAGGGGCUGCAGGGUGGAACAGAACCCUGUACUGCUGGGAUAUCAGCGCCCCCAGGGUCACUGUUUACACCAAAACACCAGCAGCACCCGUAGCUGCAAGCUGUUAAACAUUUUGACUAACCAACCUCAGUUCAAACAGGUUUGGACAGCAUAUCAAAUCCUGAAACCAAGGUCUAACAGUGUGUAUCAAAGAAAAAAAAAAGGUUUCAGUCCUGGUUAUGACUAAAUUAUGGCGGUAAGAAAAACACAUAACAUAUGUACAAAAGAGGAUUAGGGCCACAAGAAGAGAAAAAAACAAUUACAGGAGGAGAUUUUUUUAAAUUUCCAUUUCAAGAUUAAAGUUGAAAUUUAAAAAAGUCGAAAUGAAAUGCCGUAUUUGUCAAACCCAUCCAUGUGCCAGAGUUCAUUGGGUCCUCGGUAAUGCCUGUGCCUCAGACGCCAGACCGUCUGUGCUCCACACCUUUAGGAUCAAUCAGCUUGAUCAGUUGUCGUGCUCUAACUUACAAUACAACAUAUAGCCUCCCCUAUAACACGCAGGUGUAACCAUCGAUAACCCUGCAUCUGAAUCACAAUCUUUAGCACAGUCUUUUCAGAGUCUGAAUACUUAUGACCACACUGUGUUUGUGUGCUACAAGAGCGAAGAUUUCCUUGUUACUAAAUCCAGUUGUAAAGUACAGCUUUACAAACUCUUCAUCAGAGGACAUGUCGAGAGAUGAGCGACAAUACUGUUGAUUCAUUUUCAUUAAUCUCAACAGUACGACUUUAUUCAUGAAAUUUCGUCUUUAUUUGCGUUGACUUUAAUAUCGUCAUUUCGACUUUAAUCUCAAAAUUUCAAUUUCAUUCACGAAAUUUCGACUUUAUUCAUGUCGACUUUAAUCUCAAAAUUUCAACUUUAAUCUUGAAAUUUCUACUUUAAUCUUGUUCCUGUAAUAAUUAUUAUUUUUUCUCUUCAUGUGGCCCUAAUCCUCUUUCGUAAAUAUGACAUAAACCCUUCAACAUGAUCUCAUUGAAAGCUCUUUCCUAAUAUUCCAGAUCAGAACAGUCUCUUCUGAAUGAGGUGUUUACAUGAUGUGCCUUUGUUCUGAUCAGGAUAUUACUCUGAUUACUGGUGGUCCCCGUUAAUAUAGCUCCUGGGACUCUCUAAUAAAUAUUAUGCUAGUGGUCUUUCUGUACGACCAGAUCUUGGCACAUAAAUACCUGAUUGAAAUAUGUUGACUCAUAUGAAAUUUGGCUGAGAAUAUUGUAGUGCACAUAAGGAUACAGCCACAGCAGACUCCCAGUAGUUAAAAAUACACCCGGUUAAAUGAAUAAAAUUAAGUUCCGUGUGGAGCAGAGCUGGCUGGAACAAAAAGUUGUUCACUACACUAAAACAAAUUAAACAGCACACACGCUCCUAGGACAUUAUGUUUGAUUAACGUGGCCAUAACCCAAGAUGUGAAAAGGGAGAUUUGCUCGCCAUUUAGGAAAGAUUUACAACCUCAGAGGUUGCAGGAGGCUGCAGGGUUGAAGCUCAAGCAAUGCUAACAAGUAAUGAGGAGCUGUUAUGUCUCAUUUCCCAACUCCAUUCAGCAGAGAAAGUAUUUACAGCCAAUGUCCUCACCUAUAUGCCCUCUUGAGGCAUUUGUUCCAGUCGGAGGUACAAACAUUUACUGCUCUGCCCAUGUGGAAAAGACUCUUUUUUUUUUUUUUUUUUUAGCUCACAGAAUAUCUCUGGAGGGACAAGGUGGAAUAAUCUCAGUGUAGAUUCCUGUUUGAAAUGGGAGCUGUGUAAAGGUUCGGUUUCUGCUGAAUAGACCUCAAUCACAGUGACAAAAUAGGUGCAGAUGAAUAAGUCUUAUUUACUCGCACAUUCCUACUGUCAACAUGACGCAUCUCAUCAGCUGUUUGUAUAUCAGCAGCCCUGUGAAAGUGGGACAGCAAAACUACUACUUCAUUCAUCUUCUGGGUUGCAUCACUGAGGUCAUAUUAUGCGCAGCUGUAGCUAUUUAUAGAAGCUAUAUUGCUGUUAAAUCAUCACACAUCGUAAGCACUGAUUUCUUAAUCAGCCUUCUUAUAAUUCCUGCUAAGCCUGCUGGAUCUCUGCAGUACGCUCGUGCUCAUUUCCUUAACCAUCAGAUGUUCAUUAGAAAGGAGCAAUGAGUAAUCUGGUAAUCUUGAACCGAUCACUUCAGCACGAAGCAAAACUGCAACAGCUCUUGAAGACAUCAGCUCAGCUCCAAUUCCUCAAAAACUGCUCGGCACAUCCCUAUCUCAGACUAAACUCCCUUUUCUUCUACUUUAUCCAUCCAGUCUUAAAUUGAUAGUGUUAAUUAAAAUGUUACUGAAGUGUGGUUCUAUUAUAUAGUUUAUUUCUUAUUCCUGCUAAAUUAGGUUUCCAUUCACCCAAGAGAAAGAAAAUCAUUAGUUCCUGCAUUGAUCCUGCAAAUGUUUUGGUUUUAUAUAUUGAAGUGAGCUGUAAAGUGUCAAAACUAGAACCUUGAGAAAGCUAAGUGCUGGUUCCAAAACAGUAAUAGAGUUGAAAAUAUCAGGUGAAAUAACUAUUGAGUCUUUUGGAUUUAUUAACUCCAUCAGCCCCCUGCAGUUGUUUUAAUAAUAUUUUGUGCUUUGGAGCUGUAAAAUCCUUCUCAUAAUAUUAUACCUGCAGGCUCCGUCUCAUCUGGUUGCUUUCUGCAAACAUUAUAAUGAUUUCAGAUGUAGUCCCGUGGAAAAAAAACAGCCCCUAGGCUUUUAAAUUGUGAACAGUGAAAACGUCUAGGCUGCAGGUGGUUAAGUAGAUCUGAGCAGGUUUAACCUUGUGCUGCUUCGGGCUUUGCCUUGAGGAGGCAAGCCCUUAAGAGAUGGACAGGGAGAUAGAUGGACUUCUCAAUGAGAGGCUGAAAACAGCCUGAACUUCUGCUGUGCCUCUGAAGAGAAAGUAUCCAGGUGUGUGUGCUGCAGGCAGGUAAGCUACAUGGCUUACAGAUAAACAGCAAAAGCACAAAUGGCCAUUAAUAAUCCUGUUGCAGACGAUAAUUAGACUUCUUUAGGGUUUUUUCUGCAUAUUAAAUGACGAGACGGCCGCUCAAGCCUCCUACCGCCCCUGGCCCUUGUCAGAGUCUGUCAGGUGUUUUCAUGGAAAACUCUAUUUCCAAGAACAACACUUGGUGAAACUGCACCAAAAUGACAAAUUCACCAUCAGUCCAGCACAAAAAAAAAAAAAAAAAGAAAACGCCUCCAAGGAGGAAAAGGGAGAAGCAGUUCUUUUGUCUGCUGCAGGUGAGGGUCUGCCUAGUGUCUACCAUCACCUCUGAAAAUGUAACUUUGAUACCCAGAUCUCUGAGUGCAUAUUCAACCUGCAGAGGGAUUGUGUAAACCACAGAGCUGUCACCAUUACAAAGAUCUGAAAGUUACAGAAGCAACACCAGACUACAUGAUCAAAUACCCCUUUUCAUUUCAUGUCUGCGACAAUGUCCACAUUUGUCUGCCUGUCGUGUCCCCUCGUCUCCCGUCAGGUUAGAAUAUCAGAUUAUAAGCAUAAAUUCUUCAUACUGAAUUUCAAUGCCUGUUCUUGAGUCAGAUUUUACACAAUCUCAUCUCCUUGCACCCUGCAAAAAUGUGUCUUGUGCAAAGUAGCAUAACAAACAAGAUCCAUAUUCCAAUUAUUUCCUCCCACAACAAAUUCACACACUAGCCAGAAGCACAUUCUUACAACAGUGGGUGAUAGUGCUCCAUCAGAACCUAGUCAUCAGCCAACCAGAUCUUGUUAUCGGCUUCAGCUUUUGAUAAACUGAAAUCAGUUGACUAUUAGUCUUCAUCCAGGGAAAGCACUACAUCUGAACAUGGUCACCAGAAUCAAGAAAGUUCCCUACAGCGCCUUUAAUAAGGAUGCGGUUCGGAACAAACAUAUGCAGGAACUACCCGCCAAAUACAGACAAUGCUGGCUGCUCAAUUACCCAGCAUCAUGGCAGAAGAAAUGGGUUUUUCCACUCAUGAUAUUUAUUCCCAAAGAACAUUGGAGUAUAAAUAAUCAAGGAUUAAAGUUGAAUGAUUUAUAACUUGGUUUGGCAGUCAGAAAACACAAAUUCACUCUUGACACUUCUGAAAAGAUCUAUAUGCAUGGGAGACUAAACAGACAGACAUGCCUGUAUAAUGGUGGACAGGGACAGGUAAGGGGAAAAAAUCAGGUGUUGAAUGUGAUUCCUCAGAAUAGCGGAACAAUUAUUUCAGUGUUUAUGUGCCAUUAAAACCAUUCUGUCCACUUUGGCAACUAGAAAUAUGAACCUGGCAACUAUUUGUAAAAUCCCCUGAGGCUAUCAGGUCCCCGCUCAGUUUCCAUUAAUCAUCAUCAGGAAACUCAUCUCAGCAAAGCUCCUCACACAGCAAAUGACUCACUCUAAUAUUGCAGCUCCCAUUAAAAAGGAAUUUAGCUUAAUUUGUUGUCAUGAUAUCGUCUGGCAAUAUCACACGAAGGUGCCUUUUUACAAUUUGCAAUGCACAGAAAGAGCAGCUUGCCACAGCGUUGGUAUUUUCAGACUAAAAACAGAAUUCAAAUGGCCUACAGCUACCUGUUUUUUUAUCUUGCUGAAACACUGAGGUCAGAUUUUCUCCUCACCUGAAUGAAAUCAGCUCCAUGGCACUAGCCUUUCACUGUUUUAUCUCCUGGUUAUAUUCAGUGAGGGCCAGAAAGAAACACAGAGAAAGAUGUAUAAAAACCUGUUCAACUGUAUUGUUAUUUGACUAUUAAAUGACAAGUAUAGCACAGUACAGUAACAAAGGUGCAAGCGGAAUACAGUGCUGCAGUGUUUUUUUCUCUAUUAUUCAAUUAUUUAGUUUGAUACAGGAAAACACACCCUCCUAGGCUCAUUAUUUCCUUUUCUUAGGAUAAUUUUACAUGCAGCAGAUAGGAGAAGAUGGAUUUAUACAAAAUAGCUACAGUGUAAUACAGGUUCACAAAGAGCUGGUCAUGAUUUACAUCACAGGUACUGAAAUAUCAGAUCUAAAUGCAGUUCCUGAGAAAGAUAAUCUGCAUGAAAUGUAACUGUAAAAAGAUCUGAAUUUUGCAUUUGUAACAGCAUUGAUCAAAGGCAUUAUGGGUGCACUACAUGAUGUUCGUUUUAACGCCACAUGCUUCAGAAUGAUGCAGUUCUUUGUUUGAAGGAAAAAAUCUUAGAUAUUUUUCUCUACUUAUUGGCAGGUGCAGCAUCACUUUAGCCAUAAUAACAAUAACAACAACAACAACAACAUAAUAAAAAGGUAAUGAUAGCACUAAUAAUAACAACAACAACAAUAAGAAGAAGAUGAAGAAGAAGAAGAACAACAACAACAACAAUAAUAAUAACAAUAACAAUAAUAAUAAUAAUAAUAAUCUUUAUUUAUAUACUACUUACUGCUGGUGAUUUUAUGACCUACAAGACUAAAGUUGAUGGCAUCAGAUCUUUUCUGUUUUUGUGUGGAAAAACUUCAAAGAUCCCCCCUUUUAUACCAGCAUAUAAUAGCAGCAUCUGCUUUCUGGAGCAGAAAGCAGAACAAAACAGAUAACCACUUUAGUGAAAUGGAUUAUCUCUGACCGGAGAGUUUUGUUUUGACCAGGAGAGACUCAGUAAAUCCAACUUACUUUGUAGUUCACCCUCUUUUCCUCACACUGCUGCAGCCCAAACAUCAACAUUUCAACUUGAGUCAGUGUGUACUCAGGUGUCGUAGUAUGUUGUCCCGGUAAAGCCUUGUUUCCCUCCAGCUAUAGGUUGCCUACUUCACACUGUACACACACACUCACACUCACAGGCGCUGAGCUGCUUUUAUGUCAGCUCCUGAGAAAGACGAAUUGAGUGCAGAACAAGUAGCAUCCUCGACUUUAAAUUACUUUCCUUGUUUCCUUCUCUGUGUGUGACAUUUUAGACUGUUAAAUAACUGUAAGGUCACAGGAGCUGAAUAAUAUUAAAGAGAGGCAGUCAGCUCACAGGGUUUCACCUUAUCCUGCGUUUUAGCAGCUCAAAGUCUGACAGUUUGUAUAGUCGGUGUUCAUCUGAUACUUGAUAUUGAGCUCUGCAGUAUAUUUGUCCUCUUAUCAAUACACGUUGCAGAGAUGUAGUCGAAGGUAAAUGCACACUCAAACUCACUACCUGUGUGUGUUUACUGAAGUGGCUCUCCACUCAAACAACUACUGAAAUGUAAACAAGCACAGGUUCAGCUCCAAAGUCUUAAUAAGGGAAUUAGAUUAAAAAAAACAUUCAGUGUGUAGGUUGUAAUUGCCCUGUGCCUGCUGCAGCUCUGAUUGCAUGCAAAAUGCCUUCAACUCCUGGGAGACUGUGUGGAAAUUCUCAAAUUAUUGAGGUGGAGAAUUAUACAACAGCUGCUCGGCUAAAAGAGGACGCUUGUCUUUAAUAGUCUGCAUCUUAAUAAGCACAAAUAGCUAUGACACAGAACAGUUAUUCUGUGAAAUGCUCUGCCCUACAGGGGGGGAGCUAGACUAACAUAAACACUUCAUGAAGGGAGGAAUUUAAAUUUGAGCUAAAUCAGCAUCACAUACAGAGCUACAGAGGAGGAGCACAUUAGGGUGAAUGCCACUUAGCAGCAGUUGUCAACAUUUUUUAUGCUUUGCAUGUUCGUCAUGUUGCUGUUGGUUUGUUUUCAACUUGUGACUAUUGUUUUUGUUUCUCACUGCAGCUUUCCAGUUCUUGGUAGACAUUACAAUGACUUUCCAGGGUUUUUAUGACAAAUUAAGCUCUUUUCUGAGUCUCUGAUUUCAUUCCAUUGGAUCAGCACACCUGUAGUUAACGCACAGAGGAUUUGGCCUGUUGGGUGCUCUGCUUUCACCGCCUUUCACGCUGCUUAUUUGUUUAUUUCUGAAUAUUAAUCUCCUUUAAAGCAGUUUUUAAAAUCUCCAUUAAGGCGCAGACUCCAAGUUUUACUAUCACCUCUUUUUCAUCAUUUACUUUUCAAGGCAUUUUGUUCUGUUUUCAAACACUGCAUAAUUUCAGAUUAGAGGAAAAAAAGGAGAUGGAAAUAUCUUCACACCCUUUAGGUAAGAGGUACCUGCCAAUCUUUCCCCUUAUUUAUUGCGCAAUACAAACAGAGUGAAUCAGAGUUCCUCUUACUUAAUCUAUAUACCAGGAAUUUGGUGAUUUUUUGUUACAUUAUCAGUGCUUACCUAGGUUCAUGUCUCAUCAAAUAAGUAAACAUUAAUUUUAAAACUUUGCCACUCCCAGUUAGCGUCAACUUAUUUUACUUUAUAUUUGUAUUCUAUCAUUUUUGGUCACAUUUAUCCAUCUGUUCUUUUCUGAUUAUUGUUAUAGCUUCUUCUCUUACUUAGUGUGUUUCUUGAUAAAGUUAAAUAUUACAAUAUUAAUUUUUCUGCAUAAUUUCAUGCAAAGGCUUUCUGUAGAUUUAAUGCUCAUCUCACUUGAUCGCUUUAAUUCUGGUAGCCGGCGCUGCCCUGUUGUUUUGUGUAUGUGAGGGUUUUUUGACCUUGGUGGCACACUGAUGCGUACAAUCGCACUUGCAGGGAUUAAUGUCGUUGCAUUAAAUUGAAGUGCACCCUAUAUUUGUCAGCGUGCGUGUGAAUGUGAAUGCAUGCGUGUACUAGGCCUGGACGAUAUAGAAAAUAAGCAUAUCGAUAAAAAAUAAAUCAUAUUGAUCGAUUUCGAUAAUUAUCGAUAUAAUUAUUAUAAUUAUUUAACAUAUAUUUUAAUUGCAGCCCUGGAUGUUUUAUGCUAUUGCUUAAUGACCUACUUUUAAUAAAGAACACACAAGCACUGAAUUCAAAUUCAAACCUUUAUUCAACCACCUUUUUUUUUUUUUUACCACAACUGAAAGUUUUUUUUAAAAAAAAACUUUAAAAAAAAAAAGAAAUCAACUUAAGUGGCCUGAGUGACAUCAGUAAAUACUGACAAACAUAAAGACUAAAGUGACCAGAAAAUCUGAUAAAUAAAUAUUUAAAUAGUCUUUUGAUGAAAAUAAACAAAACAAACAAAUAUAUAAAUAAACAGAAUAGCUUUAGGUGGGAAUAGCAUACUACCAGUUUUAACUGUGUGGGAAACUGCCCACAGCCUGGUGUCUGAACACUGAAAUAUUUCUCCCGGGGUCGGGAGAUUUUUUUUUUUUUUUCAUUAUCAUGUGAUUGACUUAAUAUGCAAACUGAACACGAGAAGCAGGACUUAUCCACGCCGGUGUUGUGUCGUAGAAUGCACCCCUACCGAAUGCACCCCCUGCUAGUAGUCAUGAUCCAAAUACUCGCGUCUUUGUAAAAUAUGAGCUCAUUUUCUUCCACUUUAAGAAGCUAAUGAGUGGACGGGAUGCAGGGGUGCAUUCUACGGCACAACCCCUGACCCAUUUUCAUGCCUGAAGCGCUGUGUUUGAGAAAUACUUGCGGCCGACUUCAUAUCGCGGGUCGAGAGUGGCUAGAAGCUGUUUGAAGCCAGGCUUUUCAACGGUAGUUAUUGGCAGUAUGUCCCUCGCUAUGAAGCAUGUUACUGCAUGGGUGAUGUCCUUAUGCCGCUUGGACGCUUUGUCGUAUUUUGGCAAGAAACGAAGUCCAGUUUGGUCUGCUUCACUUGCUUUGAGCUGGUGCUGGCAGCGGCUCCAGAGGAUUCCGACGACGACGACGACGUGGAGCCGCGGCGCGGCCGACACAGCUCGUACUCCUGCGGGUGCGAUCGGUUUAGAUGGUAAAACAAGUUGAUUGUGUUACCACACUUGGUUUUUACUAAUUCUCUGCAAAUUUUGCAAACGACCGCUGUUCGCUUUUUGUCAGACUUCUAAAAACCAAAACAUUGCCAUGCUGGAGAACUACUGAAACCCUUUUUUCGGGACAAUGUCCUCCGCUUCUCCUUGCUGUAGCAUUUUUUCUAAUACACGUGCUGUCUGUUGUGGUUUGAUAGGGGCUGGGCUUGGUGCCCUAGCGUACCUGGGUCUGCGUUUGUGAUUGGUUGGGAGGAAGUAAUGACUGUAGUAAAAGCUACAUGAUAGGCUAUGAUGAAAAAGAAAGGGAAACUGUGUUUUUCUAUCGAACUUUUUAUCGACCCGUUUUUUUUCUAUCGGACCACACGUCUAUCGAUCGAUAUAUAUUGUUAUCGAAUUAUCGUCCAGCACUAGCGUGUACUCUUCCCUGUCAUCUACAAUCAUACCAUCUAAAAUCAUCAUAUGAAGACAACAGACAUAGCAGGACUUGAUACAAACUCCCCUUCCCAGGUCUGAGCCUAUAAGUGCUUAAAUGUUUACAUAUGCUGCUUAUUUCACAGACACCACAUCUGAAUAAUAAAACAGCUCACAGUCAGCAUUCAAACAAUUUAGUUCCUUUAGUUUCCAGUUAUGGACUGUGUAAAUGAGAAAAGAAGGAAAUCUAAUCAAGCAUGGGAUUGUUUUAAGGUAAUUCUGCCUGCACAUAAGUAGACUUGUCAAUAUAAGCUUCUGUUUCGCAGCCAAACUUUGGAGGAUAUGGAAUAUCAGCUUCAAAAAUACAGCAGAGCUCAAUAGGUUUGAACAAAAACACAAAGUAAGCAUUAAGCUAAAGUACAACUGUUUUUUUUACAACUAUUUUUUUUCUCUGGAUGCCAUCAAUAUCUGUGGGUGUUUCCCUUGCAAAUAAAGAGGGUGCACUUUUUCAUACAGUAUUUCAUCAUACACCUGCAGAAGCUAAGUAGUUAAACUACAACCAGCACAGUAGGUGGCAGAAGUGCACCUUAAAACUGAUUGUAAUCAAUCAAAAAAGCAUAAAUAUAAGAAAUUUCAUCUUAACUGUCAUUUAGAAGUUGGUGGUUUGGUCUAUCAGUACCUCACGUCUAUUACCGCUGCCAUAGACUGACCUCAACUUACAUACCGAUAGCUAACAGGAAGGCAAAAACACAUGGAACAAGAAAGAGCUUUACAGCUGCAUAAAAACUUCACAUUGCAUACUUCUCUGACUGCAGCAGAAACUGUCACACAGAAAAAGAUAGAUCAAACUGUUCUGUUUGAGCCGAGUGUCAUCACAGCAACUCUCGGCAACUCUCCCACCUAAUGCUUACAAUGAUACUGCGCAAUGUUGGUUUCAGGAAAUGGAGAAAAAUUGUGGAAAUACCGAGAGCUUUUCGGCUUCAAAUCUGUAUACAGGCGGGAGUUGGAACAAAGUUGUCCAUAGUAUAUACAGUCUAUGGUUUUACAGCAGAUAUGAAAGUUAUAGAGUUAAAUGUGGUGAUUUUAAUGACACUAAAGGAUGUUCAAAGGCUAAUGUCACAUUAUUUGUUUAUAAGUAAAGUUGUACAUAAUUAUUAUCCUAGUGUGUAUGUGAUUAAAGUAGCUCGGUCCUGUCUCCUCCCUAAGUGCUUUAGAAGGACUUGCGGCUUAAUGACCCUGAUCAUUAUAUUAGUUUGAUGCAUCUCCCCAAAGCUCCAGGGUGGAAUUAAAAUAUAUGAAGGUGUAGUUUUUCAUUUGGGCAAAUUGCUCUAAUGUUCAGGGUGCUGUUUUUCUCAAUACUGAUAACAGAUUUUUAUGCCUCUCCCAUUUCUCUCUGUCUUGCAGUGCUGCCAGUUACAAGGAGAGGGAGUUUCCCCCCACAUAUCUGGAAACUGCAGACAACAAGCAAAACAAUGCGAUUUGCCGUCUUGAGCACAAGAGGAGACCGAUAAAAGCAACAACAAAUGGACAGGACUCAGCAUAAGGACGACGAGUGGGGACAAGAGCUCCUGCGUGACACCAGUAAACAAACAAACCCUCGAAGGGUUAAGACUGGAGUUGAAAAAUGAGUAAGUCGUGGCCCAAAAUGAUUGCCUUAAUUACUACACAUAAACAGAUGUAUGAAGCGAUGAAACUAAGAGACUUAUAAAAGUACAAAGAUGUUUUAUUUACAUGUGAAAAAAAGUGUCUUGUAAGGAACAGAUGUGAAUAUUUUACUAUGAUAGAGAUAAUGUUUGGUUGUAACGUCGACAUAAUGUUUUAGUUGGGUCGGCUUUGUAGGUGUCAUUGGUUCCUAAAUGGUGAGUUUGCUCUCUGCUCAUGUGCAGGCAGCAGUGCGACUUAAUCUAUUUUUAUCUUGUUUCAUAUUGUCAACCAAACAAGGCUGGCCUGAGUUGCUCACUCAAAUGCUGGCCACAAACUCUUAAAUUCAUAUCGUGUCAUAACACAUGAAAAUCCUCAUUCAGAAAGUGUAUAGAGGGGGUGGGAGAGAUAUAUGAGACGUAUACUGACUGGCUCAAAGCUACACACUGAAAUACAUCAGAAGAAUAUCCUCUUACAUUAAGAUCCACUUACACUUAAGCAAAGAUGUCAGGCACAUAAACACCGUCAUAAAUAUCUGCCACACUCACUUUCUAUCACAGAAAAACAGCAGAUGAACCUCGCCGGGCUCUCACCGCCCCCGAGAAACAUCUGCGUAGAGACAAAAUACCUUAGGUUUUUUUCUCAGAUGCAAAUUUAGAGCUGACCAGCUGCUUUGUUGAUAUGUUUUCACUUUGAAUUUAACUGUAUGCAAAAGUAACAUGGACGUGUGUUCUAUAUUUUUUUAAACCUAGCCUUGAUAAUUACAUAACCAAAGGUGAAACCCUGAAUUUAUUGUAUGUUGUGGACUUCUGGAAAAUGUUGUGAAAUAGAUGCACACUGAAUAGGAAAAAAUGUACAUAGCAGACAUUUAUACUUGUGUGUCCUAAGACGUGUUGCAGAUAGAGUAAUUUGAGACUUUUUACUUUCUUUGACUGUUAUGGCCAUCCACCAUUAUCAUCUGUGUUUGGUUUGUCCUCGCUGAAACAAUCAUGUUGCUCAUAUUGUUGCGAAUGCUGCUCCAACAUUCUUCAUUGUCGGGUAUUUGGCAGUAUUUUUCUUUUUCUCUUUGCUUUUUUUUUUCUUUUUUUUUUUAGACUGGCCAUUAAAAAUCCACCGAGUCAUUUAUUUGGCACACCUUUACAUAAAGUUGCUGGUGUUGUUUGUGCAGCUUUGUCCGUCAGAUUUUGUUACCUCUCUUUACUCAGUGUCGCUCUUCAAUGACAGAAACAGAAAUAUCCACUGACGCUGCAAUUUCAUUUUAGUUUUUGGAAGUAUUGAACUCCAUUACAAAUUCAAAUGAAAAAGCAUCUUUUACAUGUUAGGUUACCUAGGAAAGCACUGACAAAGCAUAAACUUGAAGCUCUGGAUUUUUUUUUUUUUCUCUCUAUUACGGAAAAUCCAAAGUUCACAUUCUUGCUCUUUUUUCCCAAAAAUCAUAUCUGUAAUUACCUCAAUAAUAGAAUCCCUCAGAGGAGCUGUUUACUGAACUUUACAGAUAUUUCUUUUUGUUUUAGGGGAAACUUGUGACCGCAGGUUAGCCACAAUAUUUUUAAAAUAGAUGUCAAAGGUUUACUUUGGAAAUCCUUAUGGAGAGUAUGCUUUCACUGGCAAAGAGCAGAUACAAAUUAAGUUUUCAUUUCUGAAGUCCAAAAGUUUUACCAGAAAUAAAGCCAAGUUUGGGAACAGUCAAUCUGCACUGUGGUUUCUUUUGUAAAAUGUUUCAUAUCAGGGCAAAGGCAGUAAAGAAAGACUAAUCCAAAUAAAACAAAAUACUAAGGAGCUAAAUGACGGUGAAUAGAAAUGUCAAUCUGAUUUCUGUUGAUUAUGAUUGGUUCACAAAGACAAGUACUAAAAGAUAUAUAUAUUCAUAUUAUACAGCAUUUUCUUUAUUUCAUUGUUUGGUGAUUCACCACUGUGAGAUUAAACAUUAACACUGUACUGCACUAUUGAGGAUAUUUGGAAAUAAUGUUGGGUAUAAAACACCUGAUAAUCCAAGUCACACAAAUGUAGAGCAAACCGACAUGACUUUUAUAGAACAGAAAUUAUUUUUUAGGGAAAAGUUGACCAUCUUUCUUGCAAAGACUAGAAUGAAAUAAUGAUAGUUGAGAUGUGAGGGUUGUGAAAAUUAAGCUCAGAUACCAAUGCCUAUGUUCAGAAAAAGACUUCAGCUGACCCCAACACUGAGGUUUUAUUUUAAUAACCUUUAUAAGUCGUCGUGUGUGGGGUUUCACAUAUUCCAAAUUGAUUUAAGAUUUUUAAAAGUCAUAUGCUUACCUAUGCUAGGCUAACCGGCUGCUGACUAAACUUUCCUGUCACUAGAGGCUUCCCUUCUUCAUUCAGACUGACUUUUUUCUCCCAAAAUGUUGACUGGUUGUUUUGGAGCUGGAUUUAUAAAAAUAUUACCCAAAUGGAAAGAUCUACUUUCAGAGGCGAUUUUUAUCACUCUGAUCUUGUCAGAUUAUCUGCCUGAAGCACAAGCUGUCCUGAAUGUGACUGGACAAGCAAAGGCUGCAGUUCUGGCCCAGAGUUUGAACCUGAGCUCAGUCAGGUGAAAACUGCCUUUAGCUGUCAGACUGAAUUUUGGCACACUUAAAGAUCCAAAACGCUUCAAGCUCGGAUGGUGAAUUAUCAAACAGCCUUUGGUGGCUAGACACUGCACUGCAACAAUAGUGAUAAAUUUGCCUGAGACAAAUUAAUCUGCCCGCUGAUAUGUUGAGCUACAGCCGGGUAUUAUCACAGAGCAGUACAAAAGAGGCUAAGCCGAAGACUAAUACGCCCACAGGUUAAUGGAGACAACAAGAACCGGAUCAGCAUGAGAAGUGAGCCUCCAGGCCACCACAUCCAAUCAAGCAGAAUAAACAAGCACCAGAGGACGCUGCAAAAAAUAGUCUCUAACCCAUUUCCUCAAUCUAUGAAUUAAAACUAUUUAUCUAGUUAGGGGCUGCAAUUAUGUCAAGUCGCACUGAUACGGCAUCCCCACUUAAAUUUGCUGUCAUCUGGAGAUCAGCUGUGGCCCAGAGGAGGGAGGUGUAUUUUCAUAUUUCAAGCAACAAGAUAAUAAAGGCCGAGGGGCGGAUUUUGAUGGAGAUUGGAUUUUACAGGGAAAAAUAAUUCAUCCACAUGUGUGAGCUAAAUAGUCAGGGUCACAAUACACAGUUAUCCACACGGGUGUUUGUCAAGAGGUCAUCCAGGACAUAUCAGGAGUGAAAAACAUCCCAAAAAACUCAACAAUUGAUUAUUUUCUACGAUAGAUUGCUGCUGUGAAUGUUGAACUUAUCUGGAGUUGUAACUUAGUUUAGAAAGCACUUAGGAAUGUUAGCAGUCUGUUUGUGGAGGGUGGAUAACACUAAGAACAAGGAAAGGUAAAGAUUUUAAUUACACCCACCUCUGAGCUGGAAAACUCACUGGGUGAUACAUUUACUAUGUAUUUGCUGGCAACAGGAGGAAGAGGAGUAGAUGCAAAGAGCACAGGUGUAUCAUUUUCAGUGAAACAACCCACAUUUAUCAAAAGAUCUGAAGUAAUCUAAAGGGAAGCCCUUGUUUUGGAUUGAUUUCACAUUAAGAGGGACUAUACUGGUGUGAGAAAUAGCUUUUCUGUUGAGGUUCACAUGCUAUUACUGAGGUUUAACAUCACUGAGAUUCCCACAAAGCAACUGAGAUUAACUUGAAAGAUUAUUGCCUCCUUGAAUCAAUAACUAGGAGAGUUUUUCUAAAAACAGCAAAUGGACCACAAAUCCAGAGCCAUGCAAAACAACAGCCCGUUAUUUACCAGAUUUAGUGAUGUACUAGAUUCACACUGUUCUGACUGAGAUCAAUCUCCCCCUUCAGAUCCCAAAGCUUGCCCCUGGUCACAAGCAUGACCAGAUUAUUAAUUUGAAAAGUAGACUGUGUCAUUUGUACUGAGGUUGUCACAGUAUUAGGUCUCCACCUCACAAAACAAAAUUUAAUACUAAGAAACUUAUGAGAAAAAAUGCUAUCAGUCAGAUUUAAUAAAGGUAAGACAAGGGGAAAGCAACAUGUUCUUUCACUGACAAACACACGUCAUCAUUGACAAGUGUCUUUAAAUGACAUUAUACAAAUUAGCUGUACAUACAAAAGAUUGAUCUAAUGGUCAUUCAUCCAUUAUAAAGUUCAAAGUUAUGUUGACUCCAUGUCACCAGUCCUGUGACAGAACCUCCUGAUUAGAUGAAAACCCAUCGCCCUCUUCUGCGUCAGAUUCAGUGUUACGUGUUGUCCAUAAACACCCCAUAAUUUUUAUGAAAUCCCAAAAUCCCCCCAACAGCCAAUGAACUUUUUUGGGCCACAGGUUUUUUACCAACCAGAAUAAGAACCAUUACGGUCUCCCGACUAAUUCAACUAAUCAAACGGUAUUACCAUUUGUUUAUUUUCAUCUUUUUUAUGAGAUGGUUACCAUUAUGAAGCAGCCAUAGAUUGCAGAGUAAAAUUGCAUUUAACAGCCUUUUAACUCAAUCUAAAAAUUAAACACUAUUACAAGUUUAAAGCUCCUGUUAGAAGUUUUUUGACAUCUAUGAAAUAGACUUAAAUUCAUAUAGGUGCCUGUCUAUGAUCUACAAAAGCAAACAAGACCAUCACCAACAGGAUUGAUUAUUAUAUUUACAUAUUAAAUUCUAAUUUCUAAAGCAGCUUAAGAAACAACCCUGUUUUAAUGUUUGUCACAAUAAACUCUGACAAUAACAUGGACUGUUCAAAGUCAGCAGGAUGAGAUUUUUGUAAUUCCUCACGGGCGCCUUAAGACCACCUUUUUAGAGUAGCUAAAAAGGGUAUCAAUCGUCCUAUUGAUAACCUGCCCUUUGUCAGUCAAUCUCUUUUGCACGACUGAGAGGAGACGAGAAGCUGUUUCAAAUGUCUGACAAAAUUGUCAGGCGAUUACUCUCCAUUUUUGUCUUUAGUGUGACACAGCCUCCAGUCUAAUUGAUUUCUGUGAAGGAGGGGGAUUUAAUAUUCCCAAACCAAUCAUUAGAAACCGGUGUAUCCAACUGAAUUUAAUGCCAUCUUAUGUUGAAACUGAAUUGUAAAUACUCCAUCACGGUGACUUUGCACAGCAGGGCUAUUUAAAGGUACCAACAUUAUGAUUACCCUCCUUUCAUUUUUCUUCAGCUGUAAAAUGCUUCUUCAUGAAUCAGCUUCCAGAGUUAAUUGACAUUGACACUUAGGGAAAUUUGAGGAAAGAGCAGAACUCAAGAGUGGAUCAGUUCUCUUUGAUGGACCACAGAGCUGCUGGAAAUAGCCACUUCACUUGGAUAACUUAUAAUCCAUUGUGCACUUAUUAAUUGGACCAAGUCAGCUGAUUGAUUGACAGUUUUUUCAUCAUAGGAAACCCCUUUAAUAUUACAAGGAGUAGCCUGAACCUUCACAAACUGCCCUUUCAAUUUUCAAUCUGCCCUGCUGUCACAUAAAUCACAGCUGAAAUAGAUUUGAAAAAAUAACACAUCUGACAAUAUUGAUGUGUGGUAGAAAACUCUUACUUACUCGACAGACUUUAUUUUUCAUUGUUGAAUUUUCUCUAGAAAGUCUGAAUUUUUAACUUUUUUCAUCCAACAACCUUGUGACUUCUUUAUAAAAGGACAUAAUAUAGACUAAGACUGCACACUGUAGACAUAUCUCCUCCCUAUGGCUCAGUUUGAUAAAAACACACUCAUAAAUAUAAAUAAAAGUAAAGCAUUAGUCUGAGGCUCAAACUCAAAGUGUUUACUGUAACAUCCACCGUGUUAGAUAACACAAGAACCCGUUCAAUGUCUUAAUCUCCUUAUAAACAAGAAGGCAUCAGAAGAGUGCUGCAAAACUGAACUAUGACGUAGUUUGUAUUUGUUUACAAAUAAUAACAUAGUGCUGGUUGUUAUGUGACUGACUGGAUUUUAAGGCUGUUGCAGUGGCGUUUCUUGCCGCACAAUCUUGGUGCUCUUUCCUGAAUACAAAUAACAUAAUGUUCCUGGUUACAUCUGCAUUUAUGAGACUCUCACAUAUGAGAAACUUAUAAACCUUAUCACCAGGACACGUGUAUGUUAAUAUAAAAGACUUAAAUAUGCACAGAUUAAGCAAGUAAAUCAGUCAAAUUAUUGGGUCCAUAACAGGGUUAUUUCAUGUCACUUUAUCUGGAAGAUAUUCAGAAGUCACUGCUUACAGCUGUCACGCAAAUAGAGAUUGAUAUUGUUGUUUCACAGAAGACAACACACAUUUGAUCAUAACAGACUUCACUGGCUUAAAUACCUGCACACCUCAUCUUUCACUUCCUGGCUUUAAAUGUGCUAGAGCGUGAUAUAAACAGAAUUGACAUGGGUAAUGACACACUAAGGUGCUCAUUGCAUUAGUAUUCCAUGUACAGUGCAGGCAAUGGUUUGUUUGUGGUUAAAAACAUUCAAAGACGUGUACACGUCUCACCAUCACAACAGCAACAAUUUCUGUGCUGCCAGUUUCCCCUCAGUAAAACAACCUCUGCCUGCUUUAGGACUGACUUUCUGGCUGCAGCUGCUGUCCUCUCCAAGUGUCUCAUUGGAGACACAUAGAUACAAUCAUGCAGUAAUUACUCCAGCGCACAUUCAUUAAAGCCCUCAUUCGUUAAGCUGCUGGACAUUUAAAUAUGAGGUUCAAAGCACAUUAAAUGACAGAGAUGUCAAAAUUGUUUUGGUUUUCAUUUGGUCAUUAUAAAACACAAAUUAAAUACUUUAUACAUAAGAUGUGAAACUGCAAUGUCAAAGUUAAUACAUAUUUUUAGGCUUUCACUUAGAUUAAGAUUUGCAUUUUUCUUGAGCUGUAAGCAGUGCCUUAAGUGAAAGAAAAUAAUCAUGCUCAUAUCUACAUCUAUCUACAGCAGCUUUGGUGUGUGGAGCAAAAAAGCCAUCAGGUCUCCACCUCCAUCACACAACAGGGAGAGGGAGAAAAAUAAAGGCAUAAGAAGAGUUAGCACUGAAUCCAGAGAGGAAAUCACAUGACAGAGGAAAUCAAUUCAGACCUGUGUCAUCAUCCUGUUCUGCUUCAGUUUGUGUCCUAAUUGUGUUCUUUUGGAUCCAGGUCAUCGCUGCUAUCUUCUUUGUAGUCAGAUUUCCCUCAUCUUUCGUACACUGUAGAGACUUUGAGGCUCACAACAGUUUGGCGCUACUCUUCACCAACAGACAAGUCAUUCAGUUGCUCCUCAAAAGGACACCGAUCUCACGUAGUGUACUAUGAUCAGCUAAUGUAUUUUAGGUGCUACACAGCAAUGCCAAGAAACACUGUAAUACUGGGAAGGACAUGAAAGGGUAAUGGCAGCUGGUAAGAAGUCCCCAUAUGUUAAGAACAUUCUGUCACGUCAAGGAGUUGAAUUAAGAGGCGGCAUUACUGCACAGCAUACGAGCAACAAGGGUUUUUUCUUUUUUUAUAAUCCUAAAAAAAUCCAUCAAUUUUCUUUAGCAAAUAAAUACUGAAUACUACAAAUACUGUUUGCAGCUUUGCUAAAGCUAAAACAACAACAAUUCUACUGUCCUAUAAUAACUGCAGUUUCACUCUAUAACUUUUGGUGAUAAAUACUUCACUACUCAACGCCCUGAAAGCUCAAAACGUUAAAAAAUGAGGGCCAUGGGAUCUCAGGUUAGCCAAAAACAUAUCUAACUACUUGUCUGCAGCCUUGCAUAUGGUCUGUAAAACAUUAAUGAGGUUUUAGAGGGUGUGCAUUUAGGCCUACAUAGACUGAUUACCAUGCAGGCCUACAGUAUCUCCUGUAAUGUUAUAGUCAGUUAACUACAUGUGAGGCAGAGCAAAUUUCCCAAAACACGCCUAAAAUGUCUCUCAGAAUUGUUUGACAUGUUUUCUUUUGGCUUUCAUACACUGUGUAAUUUUUAAUUUGUGUGUUUCAUCAAUCUACAUCUACAAUAGGAGGUUGUUGUCAUCACAGAUUUUUGUAGCUUCUUAACUCUUCCAGACUGAUGGGGUAGGGAAACUGUGUGUGUUACUUUGAAAUAAAUCAAGUACACAAACAAGUACAAAACACACUAAUCUAUGGAUCAAGGUGUGAAUUUGACAGGACAAGAACCAGGAUUCAAACCUUUAGUUUUCAGGUGUCUAUGCAAGCCGGAGCAGUUUGGUCAGCCAAGGCCAAGGUCACAUUAAUACAGACAUUAUAAUCCAGUCCAUCAACACUCCUCAUUCUAGUCCUCACAGUCACGUCACCUGCAGAGAGGUAAACUAUCAUGCAGACACUGCUGCUGUGCUGUAACGAUGUCAAUUCCUGAAACUACAUUGUUGUUUUUUGGGACAGUAGCAGUGAUAGGAGACAAGUUUGUUUUAAUGUUAGUGCUUCACAUCAAACUCUUCAUUUGCCUUGUCACUCACAACAACAACAAAGGGAGGGAAACUAUAUACGAUCAGUAAGCAAAGGAAAAGUAACAGUAACUAUAAACGAACAUGUAAAAUAUUUCUACAGUUCAGGUGUUGAGAAAUAUCCAUGUGAGUUUUGGCCAGCCUUGCUUUUAUUCUGCAUGAUGCUUUGUUUUGAGAAAAAUGCAUCCUAACCCGAGGUAUGUUUGUAUUCUUUCCCCCGAGGGUGCUCCUCUCCUUCUCCUUCUCUUUCACUCUCUCUCACUCUUUCUGUAUCUUUGGAGCACGUCACUUCUUUCCUUAACUCUCCCUCUUUUUUGUUUACUUUUCUUUUGUUUGUUUCUCUUUUUAAUUUUCUUUUUUUUCUGUUAGUUUGUUUUAUUUUUUGGUAAACCUUCCAACUUCUGGAUUUUCUACAUUCAUAACAUUUUGUAGACAGCAAUAUGAGAUGUGAUUGAAAAUGGAAUAUGUGCAAUGUUGACUAAAGAAAAAUAUAAUAUAUUAAAUAAAAAUUCAGAAAACAAA